GGAGAGACAGAGAGAUGGGCGGUUUAUAGACUAGUGGCCGGGGCUCUUAUUGUUUUUGUGUGUGUGACUGGAUGGGAGGGAGCAGCAGCAGCAGCAGCAGCAGCCUCAGUACCAGGCAGUGCUCUCCCUCUCAGUACUGAACUGGAUAGAUAGGAGAAGAGGAGGCUGCUGCUACAUGCUGCCGCCGCCACCACCGCUCUUGCUGCUACCGCUGCUCCUGCCUUUGUCGUAGGGAGGAACAUUUAUCACCGCGGCCACCCUUGUGCCACAGGGAUAUUUUUUUAAUUUUUUUUUUACUUCUCUCUUUUUUUUAAAUCGGGUUCCGAACUGGGAAAUUUAGCAGAUACGGUCGUACCAAUGUACUCACUACACGAGGGCAGCGGUCUGUUCCUGCUGGCGGUCUUGGCAGGACUGCAGGUAAUGUAAUUCAAACCAGUUUCCUCGCUAGCGGAGUUACACCGGACAGUUUUCGGUGCUUGUUGUUUUUGUGGAGAUGUUGUUUAUUGAGUUCUGAGUUCCGGUGGAGCUGCUAGCCUCUCAAGGGGGCACUUUACACGGGGAAACAAUGCCGUGAAUUUAGCAGAAAAUUAACCCUCAAGUACGGUUGAGCACGCGCUGGGAUACUAGCUAACGGUUCUUGUUACUGUAUGCGCACGAGACGCUGUGUUUGUUGAAACUACGCACGUUCGGAUUAAUUUUUAACUAUCAGGAUCGAUAAAAUUAGCUUUGACGAAGCCCCGUUUAAAUAGUUGAACGCCACAGGACCACACUAACCUAGUUUUACUCCGUUAUAUUUAGUUUAGGUUUAAUAUUUAUGUAGAUUGCUGCAGCGUGACUCUGUCCCCCGGUGAGAUAAUUGUCUGUCUGCUAAAAGCCCUUAUGUGCAACAAUGAAAAGUAGCGUACCAUAUAAUACUGUUGCAGCACGCAUAAUUUAUAACUCAACUACAUGAUGGGAUAAUGAUUGUUGCUUAACCACAAGGACAGAAACUGUGUCUAUUUUGUGGGAAAGUAUUUACUAUUUUUUCUUUAUUGAAAUGGAGUUCUGUAUUGCAGCUGUACGGUUAACAAUGCAGUCCCAGCAUCUUUGAAACAAGUGCUAUGAAUUGGCGAUUGUGUUCAAGCUGGAAAUGCAUAUAUAUAUUCCGCUGUAACGUGCUUGCAUUCCCAGCUCUGCUCCUCCCCCUCUCUCUGCCAGCAUUUUCCAUUUAAAUUCCUCUGAUUAAGAAUGGCAAGUGGCACGGAUACCCACAAUGCUCUUUUUCAGCAGGACUCCUCUCGUUUUACAUUCUUUUGAGAGUGCAUGUAAAGAAAUAGAGCCAGCCCUCUGUUCCUACGAGCUGAAUUAAAGCUGGGGCUGUAAGAUGGAGCAUAUUUGGACACUAAAAAGUUUUAUCCAGAUGUGAUCUAGUUCUCUUUCUUUAGAGACCUGCAAAUGCCAGUGAAUCACACAUUUUUCUCCCUUUGCAUCAUUGCCUAUUAGUCUCCCUAGUCUUUUGUGUUGACACCCUGUGCGAAGAGUUUUCCUUCUUGAAACCAUUGCAAAAUAAGCACUUAUUGAUCUCACUGGAGCCUACAGUUUCUUCAGACAUUACCAGUUGUGUCUCGUUUACCCCGACUUUGCUCAUGUUUAUUCCUCUAACAGUGGAUUGUUAGCAUUUACUUUAUAUUCCCUCGUUCCUACACUUCAAAGUGGAGUGUUUGUCCAGAGCAGCGUGUUGAUCAGAGAGGCCGACAGAGAGAGAGUUGGUCGUAACCCUUGCCUGUGCCUGGGCCUCUCCAUGGGGACAAAUGGAGCUUGUUCUUGCCUAGCCAUGCUUUUUGGCUAAUGCUUAACCCUUUUGGCCUCAUUAUACUAAUUGCAGUCCCUGCUAUAAAAACAACAGAUGCUUUUGUACAACUGCAGGGACUUCAGAACGUGACCAAGGGGUUUUGGAGGCAACAGAGUGCAUUUUUGAGGGUUGAUUUAUGACUAAUUGUUGCCCCCCCUUUCCUUCCCCCCAUCACAGAUUGCAGUAGAGGGCAGGGGCACCCCACCAUGCCGGCCGGGCUUCUCUGAAGAUGUGUAUGAGGUUGCAGUGCCAGAAAUGACAGAGAAAGGACAGCUCCUUGUCAAUGGUGAGUGGUGAAAUAUUCCUACUGUGGCUACCGUUCUGGUCUGGAUUCUUGUUAUGUCUACGUUUGAGGGUGUGUGUGAGUGUGUCAGCAUGUAUGGGAGGUGAGUGUGCUUGUCUACAUGUGUGAGAUUUCACGAAGGAGCAGAACCAGCCUGCCAUAUUUAAACAAUUAGCUCCAGUGUAGUUGUGUGGUGUUGGAAGUCAUGUAGUUUGCCUCGUAAACUAUCACAGUGUGGUUUCACUUCAUACAGCAUCCUGUCCAUUUUUGCUUACACGUUAUUUUCCUCUUCAAGGCAGAUACAAACACUGGCAAAUUGUUUUACCAGACUGUACAUUGUGACUGGAGAGUUUGUGCUUUUAAAAUUUGCAUCUUGUUGGAAUAAUUUUUCCAGCUGGAAAACGGUGUUGAUUGCAUUUGGGAGGAUUCUUGUUGUAAUGACUAAAAUAAAUUAUACACAAAUUAAAAUACUAAUGCAACUACAUUCAAGCAAAUAACUUACUGCUGGUGAAUUUUAACUACAGUUUGCCAUUGAUUAGCUUUUGGCUUCUCUAAAUAUAACAUAACUUUGAUUAAAUUGUACUUCCACAGCUUUAACUCCAAUGUAAACCAUAUGCAGGGCAUUCCCUCUGUAUAUUUUAUCUCUUGUUUGCCCUAAGCUUCAUACUAGAGUUAUAUGGUAAUGUCUCCAAUUGCUGUAUUACAAUACUACACCCACUCAAUGGCAGAAAUAACAGCAAUUUUAGUGUCUUUCAAAGUGUUUGUUGCUGCAAUUGUCCUUCUGUGAGAAUCCCAGCUGUAGUAGGUUGAUAUUUUGUCUAACAAACAACCAGGUGCAUAAAAGAAAGUAAAAAAUUAUGAUUUUCAGCAGCAGUUCAUUACCUAGUAGCAGGACUGCCUCUCUGGAGUUUAUUGUCGGCAGAAUAUGGAUGCAGCUAGCGAGAAACAGUAUGCAAUCCUACAAACGGUAAUGAAAACUGGAAUAUAUCACCAGUGUGUCAUUAGAGAGGUUAGAGUCUUGAGGUCACUUGGAGCUGAGAACAUUCUCGCUUGAGUUGGAUUUCACAGCUAGUGCCUAAAAGUUGCAAGCAGCCGUUGGUGUGAGUCAGAGAGGUGGAGGGGGAGGUAGCAAUGACGAGGGAAGAAAGCAGAGGGGGAAAAGACUGCUUAGAUGGGUGGGUACAGCUUUCACUGGGUUUUACCUUGUGCACAAGUUCCUGUUUGAUCCCACAGGUGAUGGAUUUCCCUCUGUUGGCUCGUGGAUGAGCCGUGACCAGGGGUAAUCAGGUUUCCUUUUGUUUGCUGCCCCCCUUUUCUCUUCUCUUUUUCUCUUCUUCCCCCUCCCCCAGCCAGUUGUUGCACCGUGGAGCUUUACUUGACAGAGAGGGGCACUCCUGUGUCAUUGUAAUGCAGCAGGGCUCAGCAGCGUGGGAUGAUGUUAAUGAAACUGCAUUCUCUAAUGAAAAGCUCCUGUGGCAUGUUUUGAAAGACAAAGCUCCCCCAUUGUGGGGAGUAUGGUCAAAGUUUUUCAACUCAACUUUCACCAUGCUGUUUUGGGAUAUUGUUUUUAACCACAGCAGAGUUUUUUUUCCCUCAAAUUGAUGCUUCUCUAGCCACAUGUGGUCGGCUAAUGCUUUCAUUUUUUUGCAUUUCAUUAACUUGGUCACUGGUGCCCUGAAAGAUGUUGGUCACCGAAUGGAAGGAUAUUAAAUGGAUCUUGUUUGAGUCAUUAAUAUUAGUUUACCUUAAAUUUAGGCUUCCAUGUUAUGAGUUAUCCAGUCAUCCUCCUACAGCAGCCCUUAAAGGAUAAGCUUCAUAGCUAGCUUGUUUGAAAUGGGAUCCGAAAUACUAUCAGAACCUUGUGUAACGUGACUGAAAUAUGAGUCACCGACAUGUAUUGAAUUGCUUUUGACCUCAGAGUCAGCGGGGGUGAGCUGUUUGAUAUCUCUGUCCCAUCUAGUCACGUUCUUGUCUUUGUUAUUGAUCAAGAGAAUACACAUCCUGAGGUCUGCAAACCCUGGAAAUGGUAGCACUUUACAUGCAAACAGCUGGCAUUGUAUGCCCUGAAUUAAAGACAUCCUGUGGAUUUGAUGACUGCAGUUGUGGCCAACUAGUUAACAAAGCUGACAGUAAGAUUUAAUCACAUUCCUGGGGGCGUAAACCAGACUUUUAACUGCUAGCUGGCCAGGAGAUGCCCCGUUGAUUCUCAAUAGAUUUGUUAAACUAAGUUUCUUUAAACUUGCCAGGCAAAGCAGCUCGGGGGAAAAGCCAGGAAGGACAAUUAUUCUUCCAUAAGAAGUCCUCUCCAAUGAUCCAUUAAAGGGAGGUUACGCUCAUUGUUUGCAGAUGCAAAACCACAUUAGGCUUAGUGGGGCCCACAUGACCUUGCUGUUAGGGUUGGAAUAUUUGCUCUGGCCUGAUACCGAGUGGAAGGAAACGACCAAACAUUGUUAGCGCCUAUCAGCCCAUCAUACAGAUGAAAGCAGCCUUAAACAUUGUGCCGUGUUUCCUCUUAUCUUGUUUAGUCAUUUGAUAAAGCGUCUUGUUUUACUAAAUUGCAUUUAAUUUCAGGUAGGCUGCGGGUGGUUUGCCCCUGGGUGUCUAAUGGAAUUCUGGUGGCUUUGGAGAGCUGACACACAUUGUGGAGCUUUUUUUUCUUCCAGAUGAGGCCUUUUAAAGCAGGGUUGCAGAGUGAGUCAGUCUGAGCAUUAUUCAGCAGAGGUUUCCCUCCCUAAAAACUGGGUUAAUGAAAAGCCCAAAAGCCUAAUUGGGCUUAAUACACUCUCUUAUGCUGCUGUUCUUCCAUCCCUACCCCCAACCAUCUUUCCUGCUUUCAUUUUUCCUCCCUGCACCCCAUCCCUCUGUGUUGUACUUCAUUUUCUUGACAAUUAUGCGAGCUCCAGUGAUGAAAGAGAAGCAUGUCUACAGUCUGCCUUUGCCUUGGUUCAAAUACUCCAAGUGUGAGCGUGUCAAGAAGGUCCAGUGAGGCGACUCUGCAGAUGAGUUGGGGGAGGGACGUACAGUUGACUGGCAUAAUAAUGUGAUUGUUACAAUUAGUGUCAACGUCAGUAUAGAGAGCACGAACUGGAAAGCUCUCCAGGGCUGUAUAUGUUUCUGAGCAGUUGCAGUGAAUCUAUCGUUAGCUUUAAUUACCUCUCUUUGCGGUUUGUUUAAGGCGAACGUGUUAAAGAAACCAAACGUCACCCCCUUUUGACAAGAAAAACAUUGUACGCGUGAAAUCCUGAAAUUUUGCACCGACUGAACCCAUUUUUAUGUUGUUCCGGUUCUCUGCGCUCUGUUAAGAUUGUGAUAGCUCUUGGGUACAGCUGGGGCCACUCAGAUGUGUUUAAGGGGCCCCUGUGUUUGGCGAGACGUGACCCCGCUCGACCCUCUCCUGUAAACUGGGCCAAGUGCUCAGCGACAUGCUCUCUUUCCUGGACACAGCUUUGGAAUGGGGCUGGUGGGGGUUUUCCUGAUGAGGUGUAGAUGAAUGAAAGACCAGCCAACAAGGUCCUGACCCCUCACCGGGGAGGCCGCUGUUGUAUGGCACCCCUAUCUCGUGUUGUGUUGACCUACAAGGUUGAUCGUUCAUCACUGAGAGAAACAGACAAAAGUGAAUAUCACAAAAACAGGAUUCCUGGCAGUCUGCAUUAUUAAGUUUGUUAUUAUUUCCCCCUGAACCUGUGUUGAACAGUAAACAAUAAUUAUGGUCCCUGUGGACUUGGCCAAGGACUGUUCGGGACUGGCUUUGCAAAAGUGCUGAAUUUCAAUUCCGGAUCAGUCUUUGUUGUUUUUUUAAAAUAUUCAAUAUAGGCUGAUAACUUUGAAGAAUGCUCCGCACUGUCAGAAAAAAGCGUUUGCCACUCAGAUCUUUAGGUUUGAGGUGUAUGAGGAGGACCACUCUGAUGUCUGUGCCUGUGUUGAAUUAUUCAGUAGCCAAACAUGAAUUACUUAAUAUUCAAAUCCCCCAUUCAAGAAGAGAUCCUAUAGAGCACAGAGGAGUCAUCACGGAGUGAGAAGAAAAAAUCAAGAGAGACAGAAGAUACCCUGAAGCUUGUCGUUUGUAAUUUCGUAGCGGCAGCAGCGACACGUUACACAUAUUUUCCUUGUCUUUGCGGUGACCAUCUUUAUCUUUCAUGUGGGGUUAAAUUUCUUGGGUCUCCUUGUCGAAAUUUAUAACCCAAGGCAGCAGGUUGACUCUAACUUUGUUUGUAAGAGCACUUCAUUGCCCCCAUCCCCCCCAUCUUUUUUUUUUUUUCCUGGAAGUGGAUCAAUGAGUCCAGGGUCUUUGUUUGCACUGAUCAAUAUGUUGUAAUGAAGGCUGCGCUCCAAUUCCCCGCUAAAGCAUCACUGGCGGAUUGGGGUUGAAUUCCUUUUAUUCUUUAUUGUUAUCAGCCUGCAUAAAUUUAUUCUCGUCUUGUCACCGAGUUGUUGUUUUUUUUCCUUGAACUCUGGGAGCAUCGUGGCCUAGAUAUCCACCACAUAUUGUGAUGGCAGAUUGGAUCUUAGCAGUGUGGGGUUUUGGGAAGUAACCUCUGAUGCAGUUCGCCUCCAGGAUAACCAGGAAGUAGAGUGAGUACAAUGCCCGGCUAUAGCCGCUUUAUCAGAGGCUAUUCAGGCCUAACAUCUAUAUUGUAAAAUAAAAUAAUAAUGGUCAUGUAGUGAGGCAAUUGCACCCAUCCAUGGCUAAUUUGUGGGUGUGUUUUCUGGGCCUGCUGGGUGGCAUGGCGGGAGAGGGCAUAUUUUAUUUAUAUCUGACCUUUUUUAGGCUCAAAGUCUUGAACAAAAACAAAGGCUGGCCUGAAAAUAAUCUCUCUAUAUUUGGAGGCAGACGGGUACUUGAAAAAUGCCUCCGUUGCUGAUAAAGUAUUUUGUAGAGGCUGACAUUAUCCUGAUGGCUUCUCGUCACCUCUGCUCAUAUCGCUCUUAUCAGCUUCAGGCCCUGCCCUGCGCUGUUGGCACCUCACCGUGUGUGGCUCUGACAUUGGUCAGUAGUUAAGGUGUCCCUCUCUCUCUCUCUCUUGUGCCUGUGAGAGCCGUGUUGGGGGUUCGUCCUUGGCAUAUAAUUAGCUUUAACCCAGACGGCUCCUGGUAACACAGACUUCUUUUAACUAUCUGUUUGUUGGAGUGAAAAUCAGCAGUCAUCCCGAGGCUGUAUAAUCCUGACUGUGACUACUUAAACACAGGAUGUCAUUUGUUUUUUACAAGGUUGCAUUUAACUGCAUUUGCCAAAUCAAAAUCUCACUGUCCAACAUGAUUCAAGGGGGUUGGAUACCAGAUCUAAAAGGCGGACCUUUUAACUGUAUUGCUCCUUCUCACAGUCAUGUGAAGGUUAGACGGGCUUUAUAGGUUAUUCGGUUUUAGAUCACACCUGGGCCCCUCCAUCCCUGAUGCCGUUUUGCUAAGGUUUUAAAAUUGAUGUGUGCUUCCAUCUAAGGACUGUCACAAGAGAAAAGAUUUAUUUCAUCGUCUAAAACAAUCUUUUCCUAUUGGUCAUGAUGUGAGAGGGAGCUCGAGGCUUUCUUGGUGAUUUUUCUCGGGUUCAGCUGACACACCGCUUGUGAUAGGUUUUAUUUAAGACAAAGAACACCCAGGAAGUGCAUACCAUGACCCGGCGAUGUAAUGAGGCCGUGUAUAAAUAGCUAUAUUGACCUGACUCUCUGCAUAUAUUUCUGCGUUUAAGUAGGCUAGUGUUAUUUUUCACGAGUGAAAUGUUGAAACCAGUGUUGGAAAGGAAAAUGCCAGCUUGCACUUAUAAGACAAUACAUCAGCUCUCGGAGUGAACUGUUUACUUUUCCAGGGACUGAUUUGUGGAUUUGGGUUCCAUUUUUCUUUGGUGAAACGGCCCCUUUUUGGCUGAUGGAGCAAACAACACCAUAUCUCUUUCACAGAUACUGUCUCUACAAAGAAAGCUCUGUUUGCUGUGUUGCCCCGGCUGUUUAUUUUGCAAUACCCCCCAUUCGAUUUUGCCCACAGUUUCUUCCCACGUAGUGCUUGUUUUUCUCAUUAUGUUAAGCCUGAUUAGAGCACUGAGAGCCUUUGCUUCAUGUUUCCCAUCGACAGGCAUGUGAACGGGAGCUACACUCAGUCCCUGCUACUUUCUCCUGUCGUCCAUACGUUGAGCUUUAUUUACCUUCAGCUUUGUUGCUGUUGGACAAGAGUUCAUUCACCAGCUGCCCAGAUGUACUUCCAACAGCAGGCGGACACAGUGCCUUUGUGUGCAGGGUCCAACAGGGAAGCCAGACACUGCAGUGCUUAUAUUAAUGAGAUAGUUUGAGCAAAAUUCAGGAAACAGACACAGAACCAGCCUUGUGUUUAUCCCUGUUCAGUAUGCAAGUGACACACAUAGUUCACAUUUUCAAAACCUCAUGCUGCGUUCAAGAGACUACAUGAAUUGGCACGCUAUUAUUCCCCCGACAAUAAAAGAGAAACUUGAAGCAGGGACACGUUAAUUGACCCAGAUACUGUAACCAUGUUUCACAAAGACCAAUAUCCUGCCUGAGAAGAGAUGUCUACCUCCUGCCGACCACACCGACUAUUGUGUUCCAGCGCAGGCUUCAAUUUCAACGCACCAGCGCCUCUCUGGACACUAGCCUCUGAUGAGUGGCUAGGUCAUAUCCCGUGACAUUCCCGUCUCCUCUUUAUACAACCCUGUAUCACCUCUACCACUCCCUUCCCUUUCCCUUGCUCCCCCCACCUCGCACGUGCGCGUUAAGAUAGAGGAGCUCCCUCGGCUCCAAAUACAGUGAUUGAUGGGACUUAAUUGAGUAAUGCAAGGACGGUACUGUAGCAUUUAGUCCUUUAUUCUACAACUGAAUUUGUUUCACAGAGUGACCUUGGUUGCUUCACGACUCCAGUCAUGAGUGUGAUGUGCAUUUUAGUGCUGUUGGUAAUAUAUGUGAUAGAUGGCUGUCUGAGGUUUUGUGGAGGUUGUGGGGUUUUUUGAUCGUUUCUUAUGAGGAAUCUGUACUCUGUGUGCCCGCUGCAUCUGUUGAGAGCGCGAUAUGAAUAAAGUUGCAAUCGAUUCUGAUUGAUCUUAUCAUUCUUGGAGUUAGGGGCCAGAGUUAUUUCUAUUUUCUGCUUGUCUUGCAAAAUAAAGGUCGUCAUUUCUUUUAUUUAUGGUGAAUAAAUCUGUUAGUUUAAUCUUGAUCGACUGGAUAUUUGGAACAUGCUGAACUGUUGGCUCAUCAGAUAAGCAUAUGUAGCCCAACACAUUACUUGUCUCGAGUGAUCUACUGUUACCAAGUCCUGCUGACACCAGUGUCUGUCACCACCACAGGGGUAUUAUGAUUGACCUGCAGCAAUUCCUCGUCCCCCAUUUGAGCACACUCUAUGUCAGCGAGCGUCAUAUCGCUCUGCUGCCUGCUUUGUCUGAGUUUAUAUUAUCUCUGCCUCUGUCGAUAUUUACCGAGGCAUUAAAGAGCGUGCAGCAUGUCGCCGCUUUAUUUCCUGUAGCACUGCCUGCUCAGCAGGACAGGGGCUGGAGGGGGGGCGCAUUCUUACUGAAGGGUAUAACUGCUGCUUCAACAUGAAAGUCAUCUAAUUUCCCCAAGCAUGUUGAGUCUGUCUUCCAUAAAAUAACCUUGAGUAUUAGACAAAUCUGCAACAAUGGGGCACUCAAGAAGAAGCCAUGUGGCAUAGCAGUAUGACUGUGAUUUUGAUUUAAAUGGAUUGAAUAUCUGUGGUUGUUUUUUAACUUUAUCAAGCACAGCAGCAGAUUCAUAGUGGAGACAGUACCAUGGUUUGACUGUGUCUGUUGUAAGGAGGGGCUGUCCCCGUUAAUCAAGUUUUACUAAAUCAAGUGAUUUCUCAACACUUAGUGUCAACAUUACUCAACCACAAACCUCUUACUUAUAUUUUCCAGCGCUUAAAACGACAUCUUGGCAAACAGUGUUUAUUAAUGUGUCAAAAGUAAGAGCAGUAUGGGCAUCCAGCACACUCCAUUUUGCUGCUCUGGCCAGCUGUCAAAUCCAGGUCGGACAUCAAGAUUCUUAUCUACAUGUCUGUUCCAGGGCCUGAAUGAAAGAUGGGGGUCUCCUUAUCCCUCUGAAUGUUUAAAUGAACUCCCAGUUUCUCAUUUCCUUUGGUUUUUUGCCGUUUUUAUCUGGGCAGGUUAUGUCCCACUUGUGUUAGGCAGAGAGCGCUGGCAGCCGCCACCCAUUAGAGCUGCAUGAUUAAUUCUAUUAAAAUCAAUUUUUACAUUCAUAACUCCAAAAUCACAAUUGUACAUGCAACGAUUUUGUGUUUGGAUUAGCGGGAGAUCAGCUGCAUUAAGCCAAACAAACCUAGAUUGCAAAUUGUGAUGAAAAUGAGUCUGGGGAGAGGAAACCCUGCUGUUGAGAAAAGGCAAAUGCGCUGAUUCAGUUCUGACAUAGGCAGGCUCACUCAAAUAAAGGUAACAGUCUUUGAAAUUAAAGACCCACUUCGAUGAAAAUCAUGUUUUUCUUGUUUUUUUACAUGUUCAUAUGGCAUUUUUUUUCAUAUUUGCAUUUCUGAGUAUUUCUGCAGUCAAAUUGCUGUGAAUCUCUGGCAGACCCAAACAACAUGUGUAACCGGUGAGAUUUCCUACGUAGCAAAUCCAAGCUCAGCCCAUGGGGUAUAGAGAGGACAAUGGUGGAACAAGUGCGUGCGGUAGCGGAUUGCAAUACUUACAAGAAAGCUAAUUAUGAUAUUAGCUUUCGUCAUGCCCCUAAAGACAUUGGUGUUGGAGAGCUCAAUAGCUCCUAUGUUACCUGCCACUUCAACUACACUGGUAAUAUUAGGCUGCAAGCUAACGGGAAGAGAAGUGUGCAGAGCAGUGCUGUCAUCGCCGAAUUGGAGGCGAAUUGCUAAUGAGCUACUGGAGCUCUGCAGAAGAAAAGCCCAUGAAAAUGACACAGGUAACGUGAUUUUGGCUAAAAAUCACAAUUUAAAGAUCACUGAUAACACUUUCAGUAGUAAAACAAAAAGAAAAAACGAUCGGAAUGGGACUUUAAAUCAUUAAAUUGAAUAAAGAGGAUGAUGGUUGAAAGCAUGCUGCAGGUAAAUUACAGUCUGGUUGUGGCAAUAAAAGGAACAGAAUUGGUCAAAAAGACUAUAAAACACUGAAAGAGAAUUCCUGUAGGGUCAGACCUGUUUUUCUUUGUUUGGAAAGAAAAAAGUCUUUCUGCAAAAGCUUUUAAGGUAGAUUUUUUUUCCCCGAGGCUGUUGAACGGCAUUGAUUUGGGCUCAGAGUGUUCCUGUGUCUUUCACUGCAGUUGUGGUAGUCCAUUUAGUAAAGCAAAUCAAAAAUCUCCUUUCGAGAGUUAUUUGAUGCAAUGCUAAUCUCCAAAAAAGUGUUUAAUGAAGUCUGAAUCUUUUAAACACAACUGGAACUCCAAACUUCAUAAGUCUGACAACAAUGAGACAGCUUUUCCAUCGCUAACCUGCAUCCAACCCUUCAUUCAUCUGAGUCCACCUGAACGUGAUACACUCAAUCUUGUAUAGGUCCUGUGUCAGCCCUUCACUCUCACACUAAGUGUUCUAAGCACUGUGACCUUUGUAGAAGAUAAGCUUCCAUCGGCUGACUCCAAGAGUUUGGAGUAACGGCCUCAACCAUUAAUUUAUGGCAUUGCUAACCAUAUGAGGGCUAUGAGCCAAGGUUAUUGACCUUUCACGCCUGUCACUAGUGAUAGAGGGAGCCAGACCCAGGAGGAAAAUGAAUUGGGCUUAUUAAGGAGCUGGGCUUUGGAUCACACCUAGGGGGCAUCUUUAUUCUCCAGUUUUCUCUUUAAUUUAAAUCAUGACUUUUUUCUUUUUUUUUUUUUUUUAAGCAACUUUUGACCAAUUGUCUUGUGCCAAAGAGGAACUUUAGACCACAUACAGCAGGAGUUCCUCUGAAUCGUAAUGCUCCCCUGGCUGUGUCUGGGAGAGAUCAGGGUGCAAUGCGUGAAAUGCCUGGAGGAUUAACACUGGGAGCACAAAACACAUUACAGCAGCACAUCUUGAACUGAGGUCAUUAUUAUCAGAUGAAGGAUUUUGCAAACUCAGAAUGGCUAAUUAAGGUGUUUUUUUUUUUUCCUUUAGAGGCGGUUUAAAGUGCUUGACAAGACUUAGCCGCUUUUCUUCCUUCGCAAAUCUCUUUGUCUCAUCGUGGGUCUGAGCCUGUAAUUUACAUGUACAAUUUGUUGCCGUCAGACAAAGGCCGGACAGACACUGAAACAAUCCGACCGUUUGAAUCAAAUAAAGGGUACAAAGAAUGCUGUACGGACUGCACGGACAGAGAUGAUUGAGCACAUGUUAUUCCAGCCCCAUCCUCCCUCUGAGCUCUCAGCCUGUAAAACCCUUGUGGGAGGUAAGGGAGGCAUGCAUUUAUAUUGGAUCAACAUGCUAUGAUGUUAUUUUUCCAGCUCCACUACUUGUGUUUAUAAUCAUACUCGGUCCCUCAUGGGGUUCAACUAAAACCGUUUUUAUUGACUCUGGAGAAGCUUAUCUGUGCCUGAUGCAUUUGUUUGUACGAAGGAACCCAAUCACAUCCCAGUGGAAAUAAGCAGUAGAUGAAAACGCAGAACUUGAACAAUGAAAGUGUUAUUGGUAAAGUCUAACUUAAAGAACAUUCUUGAUAAUGCACAAUUAUUCUGUUCCAUACAUGUAUCCGUGAAAAUUUGAACUAGCCUUGGAGCUGAAAUCAUAUUUAGAGAGCAGGAAAAGCGCCAGAAUCAGUGAUGCAGCUUCAGCCCCCCUCUGCAGGAUUAAUUUAGAGGAGCUCGUUGAAUUUUUCAAGUGUUUGUUUAUUUGCAGCAAGAUCGCCAGAGGAUGAGGUAAAGGACUAAUGCAUCAGUAUUUUGUGUGCCUGAGAGAGCUUCUUGUAAAUGCAACAUGCUCUUGUGCGGUGGGGGACUUAUUUGCGCGCUUAGAUGGACUACUUAUCAAACUGUACAGUAUGUUCAAAAUGAAAAUGGAAAAAAAAACAACAACAACAGCAUUAUCUCUGCUGCUGGGUAGCAGUGGUACCUUUUGAGUGGGAGGGCUAUUUUGGAACUGAAAAGCUCCAUAUCGCUGGAGCUUAUACCAGAGACUGCGGACAAGUGGGUGCCCGCUGAUGGGGAAAAACAUGCACUUAGGGUGUGAUCACAGAGCAGCGGAAUAUGGUUGUCACUUUAAAGCUUUAAGUUCAAACAUAGUGCAGUCCUAAAAGAGGAUGUCAGGAAAUACUCCACAAAAUGUCUGCUACAUUCAGCUAUUAGAGGUGAAAAAACAUCAUCGUGGUAGCUUUGCCUUUCAUACACAGUUUUCAUGUCUCUUUUUGGUGUUGGUUGUCUGUCUUUCUUUCUACAAACACCAGUUACUCAUUGAAAUAGAGAUGAAAUGCAACAUUGGUGCCUCUUCACUGUUGUGGGUCUGGUACCAAAUGCUCCUUUUAAAAGCUGAAGAGUUUUCUUUAAGCUACUAAAUGUGUCAGGCACAUGAAGUCCAUGUUGGUUUAUUACAGCCUGGUGGAUAAAAUCACACCUUUGACUGCUCGAGCGAUCAAGGCGGGGGCUGACAAAGCACUUCCUAGAGCCAGUGGUGGUCCCUGUUAUAUUUACGCUAGUGUAACUGUGGUUACCGUCCGUAGAUAAGGGCAUUUAUUACAUUUUUCUGUUUAUACUCCUCAUACUCUGAUGUAGGAUGUAACUCAAAAUCCUUGUCAGUGUUUGAUAAAGCUAUCAAUCACAAAGUUUCAUUAUAAACACCGGAGCCGCCCAGCGUUGUCCAUUAGUUAUGAAGCUUUCAAACAACUAAGAUAUAUUAGUGAAAAAAAAAUUAUGUUUUUAUGGUGAAUGAGCUAUCAGCCAUUAAUCAUGGUUUGAGUCCGCAGGAACCUUUUAGGGAGUGAAAUGUUUGGGGAAACGGUUGGACAGAGUUUACAGCAAACUUAAGAAAGCCUCUUUCCAGCUGACAGCGAUCUUCUUCAAACAUGAUGAGUCCUUAAUAAAGUAUGCUGAGGAGGGACCGCCAAAAACAGAAACCAUCAGGUUGACCUGGCUUUAUUACUUCAGCAUUUUAAUGUUUGUUCAAAGCUACUCCUCCACACGCACACAAACACAGCUCGUCUUUAACAGGGGGAUCUUAUUGGAUAACUAGCGGAAAAACAACUCUGACGAACUCAUUUGAAUGUUUCUCCUCUGUCCUACCAAGAAUGUGUUGUCUUGGAGUGCCGAGGUCAAGAGAAACAAACAAGCCUUUGUUCUGCAUUUACCAGGCUUAUUCUGCGCACACUGACGGUAGUCUGCAACAGUGGCACACAUUGUUCCUUCAUGCGUCUGUUGAUAGAUCGGCUAGUUGAUUGACAGAGAAUAUUUAUUCAUGAGCUAUAAUGUUGUGUAUUAAUUAUCAUCUUGAGUUGAAGUGAAGUUAAGUAAUGCACUUAGCGGUUUUUCAUAGACUUUUAAAAUCAAAACAGAAAAGACUCAUGGCCCGGGGGAAGCUUUAAAUUGAUGUUCGGAUGGAGUCGGUGGCUAUUAACUUGUUUAUAUUUGAUUUACAAUAAAAUCCACUUGUAUGUGCUGAGAUGUCACACAGGAGACGUCGCAUUUAUCCGAUGCUGCCUGAUUUCUUUUUGCUUCAAAAUACUAGCCUGCUCACUCUGUUCAAUCCUGCAGCCUGUAAAUGAUCUUGAACAACAGAGGAAACAAAUCAUGCAUUAUGGAGAGGAGAUGAGUCAUCCGUAUUUUGGCACCUCGUACAAGUUUAAUCAGUACAAUUAUACAGGUAGACAGUGAUGUCACUUUGGCUUUCUGUGAUCCGCAGAGUAGCAAACAGGACACCUUCAUAUCAAGCAUUGAACUGAGAGCAAUGAACAGGGCCGCUGCAGGCAUUAGAACCUGUGUGUGUGUUUGUGUGUGUGUGAGUGCAUUAGGUGUGUGUUGGGCUCUGCAGACAGCAGGAACAGCAUUCCAUGAAACAGCCGAUGCAGUGUCUCGCUUCCUCUCAGCCUAUCCUCUGAUCACCACCAGCCUUCAUUUAUUGGUCUGUCUGCAGUGUGCUUGGAAAAUGCAAUCGCACCACCAUUGAUUUGUCUGUUGGAAAUAAGGUGGCACAGAUACCAGGCACAUGCAUAAGUGGGCGUGUUUUUCCUUUUACCUAUUUCCCUCUUUUUUUUCUCUCUCUCUCUCUCUGGGUCCCCAUCCUUCUUUCACUUAUGCUCCUUCCACUUCUUUUUAAAUCCUUUCUCAGCGUGCCACACAGGCAGGACGACGGCUCCUUAGCUGCUUAUCGUGCCUUCCACCAGACCACUGAGGGGGUCUGAGCAUGUGUACACAGGCAGCUGUGCACCACUGUUCGACUUCAUUCUGUGCGGGAUAAGUGGGGAUUGGCAUGUUCUCUGCCCGUCUCCGCUCAAAAAAUGCGACAGCUGGGCAGAGCUUUGUCACUCCUCCCACAUGAGAAAGACUGAGUGAAAUGAGACACACAGAGACUGAAUAAGAGGAAGGAUGCGCACCCAAAGAGGGGUUGCCUCAGCUUCCCGACUGUGGCUCGGAGCAAAGCAAAUGUUGGCACAUGUGUUAUGAGUUAGCGCCGACAUAACUGUUUUUUAAGAGUGGCCUAACACAUUAAAGAUGUGUGGCUGGCUCCUCCACUUUCAUUCUUUACUCUUUACGCUGUAAACACUGAGCAGUAAUGGGAGAAAGGGCAUAAGAAGAGUAAUUUAUGUGCGGAGGAGAAGCCUGAGAUGAGCCCUCCCUCUGGGAUUAAUGGGAGUCUCUGUCUCUGUUCACAGGAAAUAUGAAAGGCCCUUUGUUGGUAAAGGGCUUGCUGCUGCCAGCAAAUAACUACCCCCUGUCAUAUCGAAAAUCCCCCAACCUCUAAAUUCAUUGCCUCCUCUGCUGCUCAUCCUUCACCCCCUUUUUUUCCCCCUAUAAGCCUAUGUGUUUUCUGUCAAAGUCGCUCAUUUAUGAUUCUACGCCGAGCCUGCUGUACAGAAGCCCAGGAGACACCAGCGCACAUUGUUAGUAUUCACUGUCGCUUCUCGAGUUCUGGCCAUCGGGCAGGCAAAGGAAAAAAGUGGAGAAAUAGUGUUGUACAGGUGGAGAUUCAAACUUGAACCCGUGAUGCUAUGUUCACUCUUUCCCCCUCCCAUGUUUUCUGUCUAGUGUGUUUAAUUCCAAGACUGACUAUCACAUCGGGCAGGGAACAGCUAGCUUUUUGCACCUAAUGUGUGACCGGUGAACUGUGCUUGAGGGUAACGGUUUUAUUUUUAGUUUCGGUGCUGAUGUGUGUUGGUCUGCGCACACCUCCUUAGGCUAAGCUAUUUAAAGGUUGGCCCUAUCAGUGAGGGGAAAUGGCUGUUCUGCACUAAACUGGCAGUGUGUCUUUCAUCAGGUCACACAUUGCCUGCUCCUCACACCUGCGGCUCAGGACAGGAGGGUGAAAGGCUGUUGGCAGGUGUUAAUUGCUAGAAAAGAUGGUUGAAAACUAGGGCAUGAUGCUAUAUGGUUGAUCACGUCUCCCUGCUCUGAGUCUUUUCUGAUCACUGUGCAUAUUUGCAUCCAAACCUAAACAGAAAAAGUAUUUCAACAAACCAUUCGGUCCUUUCUCUGUCUGCUUCAAAUUGUCCCUUUUCUGAGCAGCUUCAAUACCAUGCACAGAUUUUUUCGUUGGCUUAAAAACAGGGUUUGUCAGAGGCCCAAAGCUUACCAACCCUCUGAGAAGAGUUUCAUUCCUUUCUCUCACAUGUCCGGCUUUUCAUUUGAGCGUGGAUGCUUUAAACUUUUUUCAUUUACCAGCACAUGGCUCAGAGGAAAAGCAUUUUCCAGGAACAUCUCUGUCACACCUGAAUAAAUCUAAACCUAAUGUUAAGAAAUAUCAGGUUUGAAAGGUUUUCCCCCCAGAAAAGGUGCUCUUGCUGUAUAUCAAAAAGAUUUUUUUUUUUGCUGUUGUUUUGAGCCGUCCGUGAUAGUUUCAGCUGUGUUUGCCAUUCCUGCCUCAGGAGCUGCACAGCGAAUCUAUUGGCUCCAUAUUGACUUCCCCAGGCUGUCUCCAAUGGAUUUGACAUGGAUAACGUGGUUGUGUUUGUAACGAAAGGGGGAGGGGACUUAAUAAAAGCAGGAGACCCCCAACUGAAAGAAGAGAGGGAGUAAGACGAAGGACAGGGGAAACUUAAAUAAGGAGGGCUCAACUUGGCAAAAGCCAAGGGUUGUCAGGGGCAACUGAAAUGACUCUGUGUAACCUGCCUCCCUCUCUCUCCCCUUCAGCGGUACUCAGACUCAAGCAUGUAGUUGGACUGAAUGCAAGCCUGACAUUGAAAGGAUGAAACAAAAUACACACAUUGGAUGUCUGCCUUAUAAAUGAUGUAUAAUUGAGUUUUCCCGGGCCCUGCUUGGAGUGUAGAUGGAGGAGAGCUUUAAUGAGCUGCAUACUUUCAUGUUAUUCUACGCUUUAAUUGUGAUACUGAGGACGCCAUUCAUUUGUUUAAUUUACUAGACUGGGAGCUGAUGGCCGGGCUGGCAUGGUAGGGGGGAGUUUAAUAGCCAUCCUCUGGAAAGGAUAAGGCUUAUUAGGUCUGAUGGCGUCCUGUCUCGUAUAACCUAAUGUGGCCAUGAUAGACAGAAGAUUCUAGGUUUGGAUACAUUGGGACUAUAAAUCGGAGCAUAUUUCCCAGGCCCUGGACAUCGUAAUAGCCCAUUAAGGACCAUGUUUGUAGAUUGAGGGGCCAGAUGUCCCUCAUGUGGUUGAGGGUCCAGCGUGGGCUUUGUGGCAGCACGCCGUUAAAGGGAGGAGGAGCAUGAGCAGGACAUUACCUCUCAUUAAAGUGACCUGUUCUCUGCUAGCAGACUCAUAAAAAAAAAAAGACUUUAAUGUUCUUACCAGAGAAGCUCCACAAUUUGCCCACAACUCCACGGUCGUAAAACCAGGAACCGAAUUCCAUAUGAAUUCUCUGCUGUCAUGGCUCACGGCUCCAGCUGUCCGUCCGUGUUAAAACCUAACCCUUCAGCGCCACUCCCUGCGUUUGGUGUGUUUCCAUAUGUUACAUUGAUCUUAAAAAGCCAGGCUCCCUCAGGUCUACUUGAGCUGAGGGACUUAGCCUGAUUGAGCAGGACACGUGCAAGGACAACAUCAAACAUUUCAGUAUUUUGCUAAGAUCACAUGACCUCGGUGAUGUUAUCCCGAUUGAUUUAUGAUGCAAAUGUGGUUUCUCAUGUUACCACUCGCCUCAUUUCUCAUCUCUAACCCCUCUUAUAAAUGUGGUUAUUUAGAUUAUUACUGCAGGCUCACUUUCAAAAAUAACGUGCCACUGUCAUACUGUACGUGUAUGGCAGGAUACAUCCCGCUCUUGUUUGUGUCUGGGCGGUAAACUCCCCGUCACAGCUGCCACCGGGUCAUGUCUGGGGGUUUCAGUAAUGCCGAUGACCUCCUAAUGUGGAUUCCAGUGAGGCAGAAAGGCAAAUGUUUGUGCUUCCAGGUCUUCCCGGUAUCCCGGGUCGCUGCAGCUGUCAUGUUAUCCCCUUCCUGCUCGAGCCUUUCAGCUCCGAAUGCAACACAAUAUCUGCUAGCGUCCCAGCUGCAGACGCUUAAAGAUAUCUGCUGUUAUUUUGACAGAAGCCUGCAUACUUAAUCAUUAGGCUUCCGGCACAAUCGCCCUCUUUGAGGCUCGACCGGAAAACAACAACUGUAGUUUUCAAGGCAGGAAUCUGAUUCACUGCCCUCAUAAAAGCAUGCUCUCCUAUUGCACUUUGCAUGAACCACACUUUUUGGUUAAUUCACACUAUAAAUGCUGUUAAGGGUAAGAGGCAGUAAACUGUCUGCUUAGCUACGCUUGGUGAGUGUGCAGAAAAUCCCCCCUCCUAUUGUGUCUUAAAUUUUAUUGUUUUGUUUUCUGUGGAAUGCUGCGGCCUUGUUUGUGUGCGGCUCAUAAUGAGGAAACCUUAUUUACACUAGCUGGCUUUAGGAGUGUUGGCCAGCUCAGUGGAAAGUGUCCCCCUCUUUGCCAGUCCGGGGACUACACUCAGCUUUGCUUCUGACGGAUGGGUCCUUUAAAGUGACAACUGAAAGAAACCCCACCGUUUCUUCCAUGGACCAGGAUACAAUAAAACUACUAGUGGAGCUCUGCACCCACCCCCUCCUUUUUCUCUUUGUUUCACAUGUUUCUUUUUCUUCUCCUCUACCUAAUUCUGCUUCCUCCUUUCCUUUUCACAGCUCUGGUUUCUCUCAGUUGAAAAUUGAUAUGCAGACUGCUUCAGGUUACAGCACAGGCUGGAAGAUUUGUUUCUAACGGUCAACUCCCUUAACGCCAGGAUGUAGCAGAGGUGCGGGUAUGGGGAUGGUGGAACGCAGCAUCUAGGGAGGAGCUGCUCUCCCCUUAGCCGCCAGGCUAAAAGCAUUCAGCUCCUGCCCAUUGUGAGCCUCACUCAAAGGGAUUUGUGAUGGGGAUGAUCUUUGACCCCUCAACGCCCACUUUAUGUAAAUGAGUGUACAAAAGAGGGUAAUAUUAUUGAACGGUGCAAUUAUUUUUCUACAUGCACUGAAUUUAUUUUUAGUGCGCGUGCUUGUUGAUUUGUGUGAUGGUGUUUUUUUGCGGUCUCUAAGUGGGCAUUGUGACUUUGUGAUGUUGCAACAAUCGUGCUUUUUGUCUACAGCUUCAACACCCUGCCUUUCUCUCCAGGGUGUGUUUGUUUACCGCUCGGCAAUCGUUUUCCUAAGGCAUCCGAACAGCAAGGAAAGAAAUAUAGGAAGACGGACCUGUUGUCGUGUAACUGAGCUUCCACCAUAUGUUGUUAUGGCAGUAGUUGGGAAGGUAACAAGAUCCCCCCUGUCAGCUCUGCAGCCCCCCCCCCUCCCUCUCCCAAAUGCUGUUAUUGUCCCUGUGCACAAAGGAUGGGGGGAUGUGUAACUCUAGAUGGAGCAACGCACUGAGGUUCAUGGACAACGCCCUUUCCCAGACUGUAUCAAAGUGUAUCAACUGACCAGUUUCUGCUCGUAGAAGUUUUAUAUUUCAUCCCAAAAAAACAGUCAGAAAAAGACUGUGUCACGUCAUGUGAGUGGAUUGAACAGGGCUCUUCUUACCCGGUCUUAAAUCUGGAUCUUCCUGGUUAACUGUCAGCCCCUGUUUCAUCUCUGAGAAGCCUUCAACUGUCAUUGUAAAUGUAUUGAGGACUAUUAAAGUUAGCCACUAAGGGAAAUAUGUCUCAUCUAACAUGGUUUAAAAAUAAUUUAAGGUAAGAACUGACCCUGUAGUGCCACAUGACUGAAAUAGAGUGGAUGGAGUUUUAAUCUGCGCUCAGUAUUUCUUUCAUAUUCUACUGUCGAGAGUCUGUGGUCUCCAAUUAGUUACUCAUUAGUUUAAUCCCAGUCUCUCUCCACAAAACAAGUCAACAUUUGCAGUGCUUUGUGUGUUUGUUUAAACAACAGAGAGGAAUCCUGUCUCCCCUCGUGUCAAGGUAAACGAGUAAAACGGCCCCCUGUUUAACACUUCAAUAAAGGAAGUUGCACAGCUGGACUUAAUGGCUCUCCAUUGUCGGUGUAGUCUUUACUUUUUCACCUCUUCUUUGCUUUUAUGUUGAGUUCGCUCUCUACGGUGGGGCUCUUAUUAACAGAAAGAAGCAUUCGAAUCAUAGUAGUAAAGAUUAACUUGUUGCUGAUUGGAAGUUCUUCCCAAACAUGGAUUUAUGAGCAAGAGGAGGAGGUGAAAAGUUUGGCUGUAGACGCUGUGUUUAAUCCAAAUCACUUUGAUUUUUUGCAUAUUUCCCACCUCAACAGUAUUUUUAGAGGUGGGAAAGCGUCCCAAGAUACUUCAGUACCACAUUAGAGUGCUGAUUGCUUGAUUUUCAAUGCAUGCAACUGUUCAGUUACAGUUGAACCUCCUAACAAAUGCCGCUUAGAUCCAAAUCUAAAACAGGAUUACACUCAAACAGUAAGCCAAGUAUUUGUCCUUGUUUAAAAGUGCUUUUGAAUUAUGGGGCUUUGUUAGCGGUGUCAGCAUCUCUCUCCGUCAAGUCGCAUUUUAUGAUGUGUUUUCAAUGUUUUAAAUUAAUCCAGCAUUAGCAAAUACACGGACCCUUUGCUUGUUUUUCAAACUCAGUGUGACUCUGAUGUAUUUGAUUCGAACCAUAUGUUGAAAGUGGGUUGAAAGGGUUCCCCAGCAUCAACAGACACAGCUGGCCGGCAGUCUGUGAUCUCAUUGCAUGCCAUGUUUGCCAUAUUUUGCUGUACUCCUCGGCCUUGCCAAAAACCCUACCUCCACUAACUAAUUAUUUGCCCUCGGCUGCCAAGUCGCAUCACGAUGAAUAACCUUCAAAAGCGGCCACUGUCAUGCUCUCCUCUAAAAACAAUGGAGGGUGUUUAGUCAGACAUUGUGGUGAGUUUUUGGGGGAGUUAAAGUUCAACGCUGGCGUCACAGAUCCUGUUGAGCUUGUUAAAACUUCAAAUGGAUGUUAUUUAUGGGUGCUGCGGAGGGACAUUUUUCAAUACUCAUGUAAAGUGUUAGCAUGAAAAUAGCAGGCUGUGUCAGGGAUGGGGCGGCUGCAGACAGUGAGUUACAGCCUCAGUGCCCUCAGAGCUGAUCAUUAACAGGUCUAACACAGUGGGAUAUUAAAGUUUGUUUUACUGCCCCCAUCAACAACCAUGCAGCGCUAUAGACAUGUGUUAUUGAAUUCAUAUAAUGUGAGUUAUUGGGCUGUACAUCUUGGGCGUCCGUGUGUAUUGCUGAAUCUGUCCGGUGUGGUCCUAGAGGAAAUAGAGUAGCCAAGGAGAUCAUAUUGGUUAUUAAGCAGCUGGGCCUUAGCGAACCAGAGAAUGUGUGAACAAAGAAUAAAAGGUUAUUAUAAUUAUUACCACCUCAGGAGUGUUUUUUUAAUGGCUACAUCCAUCUGAGGAUGCUUACACAUCUGGUGCAUAUAGACUUUGUUCAAAACAAUAAAUGAUAUGCUAACUUUUAGCACCGGGUUUUAUUAACCAAUGAAAGUAAUGGGAUUAAGCUUGUAAAAAAAAAAAAAAAAGUCAUAAUUCCUGUGCCCACUCCAGUGAAUCAGAGGAAUGUGGAUAAGUGAGGAAAGCAGCCCUAGAUGAGAAGCCGUGUAAGUAAUAAAAACAGCCACCUAGCGAUGCAGCCCCUAUUAUUCCUGUUGGUCUGUUCAUGUGCUUUAAAAAAUAGGAUCAAUUCCAGUGUUGCGGGAAUUGCUGUUCUCAUACCUGCAGGCUCAGUCGGAGAGUUUCAAAGAAAAUAGCACCCCACCUGGAACAAUUGAAUUCUCCGACUUCUCUAACAAAGAAGCAGGGCUGCAUCCCUGCUACUAUCAUGUGCCUGUUGGCUAGUCGUUGCCAACUUAAAACGCCCCCGCCUCUUUGGCCUUGAAAUACCACAAUUACAUUUUAUCAUGAAGUGAGCUUUAGCUGCUCUUGUUAGCAAGUGAACUGUAACAAAGGGAAGUCUUUGUAGCUCGUCUGAAAGAGUCUUACCGGCCCUUUUUCAAAGACAGCAUCUUAUUGUGGGAUUAUUUUUUAGAACGGCGUUAGGCGUCAGCACGUCUAAACUUUAUGUACGUGUGUAGGGAGAAAGCAAGACAAACAGGGGGGCACGUCAGGAACUGGGUGGUGGAUUAGGGUGCUACAGCGUAGUUUGAUGUUUAAUCACUCCUUGUGCGUAAGCUGUUCUGAGGGGGAUAGAAAGGCUUUCCAGUAAGCUCUAAUGGUAGUGGGAUGUCUUUCUGCUGAAUCUCGCCUCUGUGGGCAGAACUCGCUGUGAACCUGCAUUUUUUUUGUUUGCCUGAGAGGUUGCACUGAAGCAGAAUGAUAGGACAGCUCAGACCAAACAUAGCAUAACACUUGACUCCCUCUCAUCUCUCUCCCUCUGUGUCUCUCUCUCUGGGCUGGUUAGGGUGACUAAGGUUGAGCACUAUGAUCCUGACCAGUUGGAUUUUUUUUCCUUUGAAAGCCCAUCUAUCAAAGACAAACAAAAAGCCAGAAAACAUGCUCUUCACUUUCAAUUAUUUGUAGCAUCACAAUAAAACCACUCCUGAUUGUCUCCCUGAGAUGCAAACAGAGACCACACAAAAGCACCAUAAGCUGUCCACAGUGAUUCACAUGCCUGUGCCACCUGCUUGCUCGUGCCACCGCUGUCGAUGCUAGUGUGACCCUGACGAACAUCGCUAUCACCGCGAGGAGACAGACUACUCCCGUGGGUCCUCGCGUUAAAAACCCAAGGUCUGGAAACAUUUCCGCAGGCGGGCUUUCCAAGCGGAGACAGAUUUGUACAUGACCAUGCUUGUGGUUUGGUGUUAUAGCUGCAGACAAACUGAGGACAGAUGUGUUUGGAGUCAUUUUCACCCCUCCUCCUCCUCCUCCUCCUCCCCUGUUAUCCUCUCUUCCCUCCCUCUCUCCUUCCAGUUCCCCUAAUCUGGGACUCAUUGUGUCUGUAAUAAAGCACAGCUGCACAGAUCCUUCCUCUGAACCCACUCAGUUCAGCUGAUUACAUGGGAGUAAGAGGGCUCGCCUCUCACCGAGUCCAGUCCCACAGCCGUACUCCACACAUGCUAAAAACUGCACUGUUACAUGGAUGAUACAUGUGAGCGGAGACACUUCUUAGAGCUGGACUCCUGCCAAGGCUAAUUGUUCACACCCAGUGUUGAAUACGCCCCGGGCAACUGUAACGGAUCAGUUAGACUGUUUUGUCUGUUACUAUUUGUGGUGUCUACCGUUAAUAAUGCUGACACAAUGAAAAUAAAAGAUGAGUUUUGAUCUGAAUAAAACAUUAAAAUCUGUAUUUUAGAUCAAGUGUUUAAUUAUAUUAUUAAUUUCCAAAUGCUGACACUGAGAUCUUAAUAUUAGACACUCCUGAGUUAUCUUUGAAACAAUCACAGAGGAACACAGAUUUUCUGACAUUUUUAGUCUCUACUAGCAUUUAUUGUUGUUAUCCCUUUAGACUGAGUUAUACAUCUAUGCUGAACCUCUGACCUGGCACAGGGGUUUGCUUGGCUUUGUACAUAAGCAGAAGCCUACAUAGAAAGCCUAACUCACACUUCUGCACAAAUGUAACCGCAUUUGUAGCUCUCCUGCAUUUACUCCGUCGGAUAUUGGCAUGGUACACCCUCACCCUCUGCCUACACUGAUUCCGGGGUCUUACAUUACAUCUCCUCUGCUGUCACCCCUGUUUUUGUCUUUGCAAUAAUUGCUGUAUGAUCCACUGCUGCUCAGCAUUUACCACCUCCAACUCCAGCAUAACACGCUCAGGUUCAGUCGCCCUUAUUUCCUGUGCGCACAGAAAAAGCAGAGGACUGGAAAAUGGGAAUAUGGCUUGCACAGAAAUUUCCAAAGUUAAUUGUUUUCAGGGUGGGCUAUUUAUUACUGUUAUCAGAAUAGUGCAUUCAUGUACAUACUGGAUACUUUUUACCACUUAUCUGUGCUGGACUAGUGCCAGGGCACCAUUACCACCACCACCUCUGUUUUCUAAGAGACAAUUGGACCCAGAUUUCAGAAAUUUGACAUUUGAUGGCAGUAAGGUUGUGUGAAAGAACCUUCCCUGUAAUGAAAAACACACAUCUUUCAAAAUAAAGACAUAGUUAGGACUUUCUGGAUCUAUAACCCAGUUUUGGGCAUUUUGAGGUAGGGCUGGGCGAUAUGGCCUCAAGUCAAUAUCACGAUAUAUUGAGCAGUUCAACUCGAUAAUGAUAAAUGGACGAUAGCUACUCCACAAGCUGCUCACAGCCUCCCUCAUUAACUUUGUCUACUCCUCAUCUGUCUUUCCCUCUUUGUUACGGACUGGAUGGGGUGGAGUCAUGUCUCUGAUGUAUAACAGUGUCUUAAAGGGACAUGAGACCAUAGCCUACCUACACUCAUCCAAAACCAACUUUUAUUAAUUAAUUUAUUUAUUUUUGACACCAAAUAUACCGAUAUGGGCGAAAUGAUGUUGGUCAUAGUCGUAAAUUUCGGUAUCGGUAAAUUUUUGGUUUAUCGCCCAGCCCUAUUUAGAGGUAUUUCCAUCUAGGAGAUGAAGUUAUAUUGUUUAAGACUGUGUCAGCCUAAGCAAUGCAUAACCAGUUAGCUGACAUUUGCCACAAUUGGUAAACCAGUUUAACACAGUUUACCCACCGUUUCUGUGCCACUGUUCCAUCGUCAGAUAAAUUGUGCUCAAUUUUCUGCUUUCUUGUGUUUUCUUACUUCAACACCAGUGACUUAGUGGGAAUUUAAAUGUAAAUGGGAAGCAGUUGCACCAGCAUAUCCUCAUGUUAAAUGAACAAAAAAUGUGUGUAGUUUUGAUUCUGCUUACUCUGCUUGACAUGAAGGCCAGACUUCAGUGCAGUUUGUCAAUUUGUUGUGUGAGAUUGUGUUAAAUUGCCUCCACCCUGAAAAAAAAGGAGUCAUGCAUAUGAAAGUGAGCAGCCCUAAUAGAAAGAUGUGUUUCUCUUACAAAUAGAUGCUGCAUCGUGUAUCAGCGGCUGAACUUCUGUUUUGAAGACCUAAAGAAAUAACAGGACUCCAGGAUCAAUACCAGCCCAAAUUGUACACAAGAUGUCUGUAUCACACGGUGUAUCAACUUUCAAUCCAAAUCAGAUAAAAUAACUCAAGCUCUCAAAGUCUUCAAUCUGGUCUCGAUCGAAAAAAAGCUUUCAGAUUGAUUUCUUUGUCUUAUGGAAGUAUACAAGUUUGCUCCAUCAAUUUAAAAACAUGAUUCAUUCAACCUUGAGAUCCAACGCAGACAUAAAUUCCUUUGCAACGUAGAUGUUAUUCACCCAUCCAUCCGUAGAAAAGACCCCCCCCCCCUUCCCCUCUGAUCUCUUUUGAGUACCAACUGUGAGUGGGGGAGGGUCACGCAGGUCAAAUAUGUUUAGUUGCGAGCUGCUUUCUGGAUUUCAGCUGCAGCUUGAUCUCUCCAGGAACCAGCAGAGUACAAAGGGAUAAGCGCAUUGACACAUUAAGACAGCGUUUGUAAAUUCAUACAAAUGCAUGCUUUCCUCUGUGUUUGCUUUUCUUCCACUGUAGCAGCACAUAACAAGCUGUCAUGCGCCUGAAGAGCGCUGUACGAGUUGAAUGCAAAAGCUUCACAGAGGAACAUCAGGCUUGUCUUUAAUCUUCCCUCUGUGUAUUUUCAUCUUUUUCUUAAAGCACGGGCUAAUUGUGUUUCAAGCAGAAUUUGACAUAUAUUGAUUCAAACGUGCAAUGGCAAAUGCUCCCGCCCCAUGUAUUGGCAGCUACCCUAAUCCCUCUCUUUGAAGGAGCCUCUUUUUCCUCGCUGUCAUUGUUUUGAGGAUGGAUUUUUGCUUCCCUUCCUCCCUAACCUUCCAGAGGAGGCAGGUUUUUUUAACCCAGUGACUCCAUAGCCUCGGGUUUUCCUCCAUAUGUUCGUUUGUUUUGCUCUCAUGAAGGGGUUAUGGAAAGAAAUUGUCAAGUGUCUUGUAAUGCACAGGGCGAGUGAGCAAAAUGAAAAUAAUGGUUGGUAGCUGCAACUGUAAUGGUCUGCCCACUAUGAUGACUCAUGUCCUUUAUUUAGCUUAAAACUGAAGAAUUCAAAUGUCCUCAUGGCCUCUUGAACAGGGGCUGCUUUUCUUGCUCUCAUCUUCUUUCUUAGAUGAUUUUUCUUAAAAAUUAGAAAUGAAUUUCAUAUUCCAUCUCUCCAGUAACAUCAUUACUGACUAGUGCAUGUUCAUUUAUACAGAAUACGGAGCUUUGUGUUAUUAUCUAGACAGAAUAUGUAUUUUUUUUUUUUAUUGCAAAUGACUGGGUAAAACACAAAUCUUUUCUUCGAGAGAGACUCUAAAACAGCCUCUAUCUCACAGUGUAACAGUCUUCUCUAGAGGCUGUCAGCCUCAUCUUCCUUUGUCUGCCGCUUUGUUUCUCUGCCAGAGAGGAUUCGCAUGCCUUCUCCUUGUUUCUCCCCAUGCCCCGACUUCUCCGAAAGGGAAAAAAAAAAAGCAAAAAAGCAGGAAUUCCAUUAGCUUUGUUCUGCAAAAGUCUGCGUGAACUGCGCUACACAUGACAUAAUGGCCCCAGAGCUGGUCCUCCAUCUCCAUGCAUUUCAUUUUACAUUUUAUACUGGAGGUGAGAGCGUCUCAUCCCUCCGUGUUCUUUCUUGUUACAGACAUACUGUUCUGUGUGAAAUCCCUUACUUUUAAAAUCUGGCUCAAAUUGCUGGGGCUGCUCUGUUUCCAGCACACAGACGGAUAAAGGAAAAUUGAAGGUGUGUGUGUGUGUGAGUGAGCGCACGCACCCAUGAGUCCAUGUUAAAUAGAAAGAGGGAGAAAUUGAACAGAAAUGGCAUGUUUGUGUGUGUGGUUAGGUUCGUAAUUGGAUGCAUUGGACCGCAUCAGUCUUUACCUGAGCUAGUCAUUUGCAUGGGUUUGAUUGACAACAGAGCUAUGCAAAGAAGGCACGGGUAUUAUUCUCCGUGAAGGCAGAGAGGAUGCGGAGACCACUGCAUUUUCAUUAGCUAUCACAUUCCUGUUAAUUAGUAUUGAAUCAUUAUUGCUAAAAACAGGUUGAAACUACAUCUGCAUAGCGGCAUAUCAGCCCGACCUCUCCGUGGUCCGUCUGCUGGAAUGCUGGAGUUGGUUUUUGCAGAUUACAUCUCACCUCAGGUUAAACAGAGUGGGAGGUUUCCAUAAAUUUGCUGAAGUCAUCAAAGCUAAUGGACUCAGAAGGACCAUAAACGUUCAGGUCCGUCUUCAGAGGUGCGCCAAAGCUAAAAAAAAAAAUAGAACAUAAAGAAGGCAUGAGGCUAAAACAGACCAGACAAAGGAAUAGGGAAAGUAAAAGCUCCUUCAGCAUGUGGUGUAAUAAUGAAGCAAUAAAAUAAGAAAUACAACUGCCCUCUGAUUUAGCCUUUUUUUUCUCCUUCCCCACAUUUUAAUGUUCUCAGUCUGCUUUUUUCACCCAUUGGCUCCAAGUCAGUCAAGACUGUGGGAAUAUGACUGGAAACACAUUUAAAUUGAGCUACAUUGCUUUGUAUAUCACCUAAUGUUUUUGUUAUUAUUGUGAUUCUGGCUGGUCAUUCAUGUAAUUUUGCAGACUACUAUAAAACUAAUGUAAAGACAUUUAUUCGGUUACAUUUAUUACAAGACAGGCAGCACUUGAAGCCUGAAGGAGAAGCUUUAACCAUGUGCCGUAGUGUAGCUAUGCUUGAAGGGUGUCACAUACUGUACGUAGAAAGGGCUCAUACAUACCCCCUGUCACACAUGAGAGUUAUUAUUUACAGUGGCUUGAUCUGCCUCCUUUCAGCGUUCAAUGAACUUCAUGUCAAACAGUGACACCAGAGGUUAGACAGUUUGUCAGAAUUUAAUCGCUUCCUAAUGCACAACUGUGUUCAUCUUAUCCGAUUUGAUAACUUACAAACAGCUUUCUCGGUGGUCAAUCUCCCACGCUUUGUCUUCUGGAAAAUUAAUUUGCACAACCUUUGGUCCUCUAAAAAAAUAAAGUUGUAAUGAACUGUCUAUCUCUAAACUGCUUAAAAAAAUACAAAUUCAGACUGUAUGUGUUUGAGACCACAUAACUUCCCUUAAGAUAAGAUAUUCCUUUAUUAGUGGAACAACUUAUUUUAUCUUAAGGGAUGUUAUGUGAUCUCAAACACAUACAGUCUGAAUUUUUUUUUUUUCUUACUUGUUUUGUCACUGCCAUAGUUAAAAUACAUAGAUAUGAAUAGAUAUGAAUAGUAGAUAAAACACACCCCUUUAAGCUUAGGGGGGCAUCAUUCCCAUUAAAGACAAUGCAUGUACAAUGAAAAAAAUUAUAUGUUACUCAUUGUUCAACUGAUUUUCAUGUGGUUUAUCCUACUGUCAAUGCCAAAACAUAUGCCAUAAAGACAGAACAUUUCAUUAAAAAAAAAAAAAAAUCAAUCUGUACUGAUAGCACAUAUUUUGAUGUUGAAAAUAAAGUAAACCCUGUGAAAAUCGGUCGAGAAAUGACCAAGAUAUGAUUUUCCAUGUACAUUUAAUGCCUUUAACAGGAACGUUGCCCCUGCCAAGAUGGCUGCCACGUUAGCAGACGCUUAGCUUAACUGCUACAGCGCGCUGGCCUAUCUAGUCUCCUAUAUCUGUGGUGAAAAAGCUUCAAAGUGCUACAUUUUUAUUCCAUAUGUUACAUGUAAUGCAUUACUGUGAGUGUGAUGAGUAGUGUUAAAGCACUUUUGGUUAUUGGUUAGACUAGAAGAGUGCUCUCUAACUACAGUCCAUUUACUUCUCAGCUGUCUGUGUCUACCUCAAUAUAAUACAAACUCGUGUCUAAAUCCACAUCUUCUGUUUCUCUGUUGUUCACUGCACGUGGGACAAAUCCUGUAUACAGGAGUGGUCAGGCUUUGAUUGAUCCAGUAUGUUUCCUCCCUUUACUAAAACGUGUAAUGUUUACACACAAACUGGUACUUUUCUGGCACCAGCCAUCUCUAACCACAGAGACGCCAACAGUGUUUUUCCUGCCUUGAUAACAGCCUUACUCUUUUGAAAAUAAAUAAGUAUCUUCUUGCAGACACUCUAAGUGAUUGUUGAUAUAAUUUCCAUAAACAUGCACUCCUGACUCAGUUAAGAUGUGGGAGAUACUGCGCCAAUGCUGAGCAAUAGCAUUUGAGCGGCAGCAUUGGACAGAUAAUGUUUAAUACAGAUGGACACAAUGGAGCUGGAGCCUAUAGUCUUACUGUCUGUUUUUUAACACUAUUAGUUUUCCACUUGGUGAAAGCAGACCCAGACAUUGACAUCAUUGCAUAAGUCACCUAUUCUGUUCCCCACACCGAAAGCGGGAUAAUGACUGUCUCUGUGGAUCUUUGAUUGGUAUAGUUCUGUGCAGAGAGAGAAAUGUAUUUCUGUGUUUCUUCUCUCAGCAACAAAUCAGAGACGGGGGCCUGAUUAAAAAGUCUUACAAGAGCCAGUGAAAAUGCCAGCAGGGGUUACCUCAUCCUGGUCACUGCCUUCUUCUUUGUCUCUUUGAUUUUUAUGAUGGGUUUUUGACAGAAAUGAUCAAGGGGAAGGACUAAAUAGCUUGGAGUCUGUGCUUUUGAGAUCAAAGAGACCUAAUAAUGUCACAUUACAGGUUGCUCUGAGGCAGUUUUAGUGCCCGGCCCUCGUGAUUGGCUUCUUUAGAGAAUAGUAGUCAGCUGAUGUAUCCACUGGGUUACUGUAAUACAUAAUUGCCCUGUAUACCUGACCUUUAUGAUGUGCGUACGACGUAAACCGCCAGCCGUAUCUAAAGAAUAGUUUGAUUAUAUAAAGCAGUUGAACUGAUGAAUAAUUUAAACCGAGAUUUUAUUCAAAAAUUAAUGCAGGCGUCUGAGUAGUCUGAUUGUGCGUAAUACUUGACCUCCUUCUUUUAAGUAGUGUCUUUGUUUUCAUCACAGUGAAUGUAUAAUACAUGACAGAGAUCAAUAUCUGCUGUUUAAUAUUCAUGGUUAUUCUCACACCGACGAGAGCCUCAGCGAUGAGUCAACUUUCUGUCCGGCUGAAAAUGCUUCAGACGCAGGAGAAGCAGCAGUGUAGCAGCAGCAGUGAUGGAUGUACAGUGCAGCCAAGCAACCCCUUGGAAUGUGCGUUACUGCUGCGUAUGGGCACCGAAGAAUGACCUGCGUAAUACAGAAACAAUAAAAAGUGAUGCAUGUGGACACCUUAAAUGGAUUAUUAUUCACAGGCUGAUUUCCAAGAAGACGUCUCAGUGUCUCCGCCUGCAUCUGGCCUCCAACCUCACACAGAUUGGUUUAUUUUACCCCUACCUGCUCUUGUUCCUCGUCUCUUUCUCCUCCCCUCCAUUAAUCAUUAAAACCUUUGUAGACUAAACAAGGUGACCGAUGCCAGCAGCUUUAAGUUGAAUUAAGGUAUAGAGAGCAAUUAAACACCGGUGACCUUCCGGAGGGAGGAGGUGAACGAAAAGCUGUGAUGGUCAUUAAGUUCAACACCUCGUUUCAUGAACUCUGGUGCACUCUGGGCGUUGUUGACUUUAGCUUUGAGAUUUAGAGAGGAGAAGACAUACUUAUUAAAGGAUCUCACUCACCUAACACUUAUCCUCAUCAUGAGCUGAAGUCAUUUCAGGUUUCUUUCUUGAAACAUAUCAAAAUCCAUCCUUUGAACUUAAAAGAGAAAAACCAUACCGAAUAAAAAUCUUCGGCAGCUUAUAAAGCUAUCAGCUCUUCUCGGUUUAUUUAUUUGAUUUAUUUACCAGCCACUUAGCGCAAUGCUUUCUGUAAUGAUCUUCACCUUAAAGUAUUCACAGGGGUCGCAGAGCUCUUCUAAAAGACGUCAUAAAGUGUUAGAGUCUGACAUCCCGGUAAUGUGGUCACCCGACUAAAGCUCUCUGUAUCAAGCCUCUCGUCUCUAUAACUCACAGAACAAAAUCCCAGUAGCUAUGCGCUGAUAACUGCAGAAGGAUGUAGCUUAGCCUUAUCAGCUCUUGGCUCCAGUGACACAGUAAUCCACACAAUGCGCGCCUGUCAUUGUACUGGAAAACACACAACCAUUUCAUUUACCCAACAAAGGCCCGAGAAUAAUUGUGAUGUCUCUCCUGUGCCCUCCCCUUCACGACUAACCAGCUGAGAUUUCUCAUUUUCAAAGGCCAAAUAUUACUUAUUCAAAAGAGCCUGAAUGUCAUCAUGAUUUUUUUUUUUUUUUUUUUUUGUCUUUGCAGAGAAACCUGGUUUGCCACUGGAAUAAUGUCAGUUUAGGAAGAUCAAAGAAUCUGGGCUUUUCACUCAGUCAGAACUCAGCAGGUAUCUGCUAAGCGCUGGUUGGUGCGAAGACGAGGGGCAGUCAGUAGAAAGGGUUAUAGUAGAUUCUCUGAGAAAGGACAAAACAGGAAAUUUGUACUCCUCAAGAUCAGUGAGAAGCUUUUAGCUCUGAUAAAAAAUGCUAGUGACUCUGGGCCUGGUAGGGGGUCUGCUUACCUUGUAAUUGUCCUUUUUUGAACACAAUGGUUGUCAAACUUAGUUGGUGCUCCCUUGGAGAACAAAUGGCCAUGUGCAAAUGUGAUAUAAAUGCGAGUGUAAAAAAAUGACGGGAGAACACGUCAAAACGAAUAAAAAUAGUGUCCCCUCCUAGGGGCCGUUUUGCUAGAUCAAGGGAGCUUAAAACUCCAUGUGUUUGAGAUUGAGCACGCUCAUAUCAGUGGAGCAGCUCAGACGCCCAUGCUACUUAAAUUUCUUAGUCUGUCUACCAAUGUGGGUGUGUGUGAUAAGAGGAGGUAGCAUCAAUGCGGUUUUUGAGGGCUUCUCUAUAAUUCUCUAAUCGAAGCUGCCGUUUUUGGAAGGAGACAUAACUCAGACAAUGCGCAUAAACUACACAAACAUACCGUUGAGGGAAUGGUCACUGAAAUCAAGCUCGGGAAAAACGAGUCUGCUGUCUGUUCAGCCUGUUCAUGCUCUGAUGCAAUUCCUCUUUAGUUUUUUCUAAUUGCUCGAGACACUAAACAGAGUACAAACAUUGCUUGUUUUUUUUUUUUCUUCAUGCAAAUCCCUUACAUAUUUUAGGCCUGGCUAUAAAUGCACGGAACGCUUUGUGCGUUUGAAGUGCAGUACAUUAGCAAAACGCCUUCAAGGGCUUAGUCUGGCAAAAGGCAGUAUCAUCAUUCCCAGAUCCAAGCCUCAGCUACAAACAGUUUACUUUCUCUGAAGAAUCCACUGUUUUCUGAAAACAGAAAUAAACCUUUGUUUCUCCUCUUUAUUCUAACCUCCCUUCAAUAAAUAGAUGUUCACAAAUAUCUUGAUUUAGUCAGUCGGUGCUCAGAGCCUCACCUCGACUACAUUGACUGCCUCCUGACAGUUCUGUCUAUUUUAUUAAAUGACGAUUGAUUAUGCUUUGUCAACACAAGAUGCAUCUCUUCAUUUAAAUGCAAGUGAUUGUAGUACAGUGUGUAAAUGUCAUGAAAGAGUAGACAGAUACAAUCGGGGGGGAUGUGAAAGCAUUUUGAUUUUUUGCAUCAGAUCCAAGACCAACUAAACAAUCUCUAUUACAGGUAGGGCUGGGCAAUAUGGCCUCAAAUCAAUAUCAUGAUGUAUUGAGCAGUUCACCUCAAUAAGGAUAAAUGGAUGAUAACUACUCCUCAAGCAGCUCACCCCCUCCUACAUUUACUUCGUCUACCUCAGCAGCUACAACUUUUGAACCAUCCUCCAUCUCCUCACGUGUCUUUCCUUCUUUGUUAUGGACUGGAUGGGGUGGAGUCACGUCUCCGACAUAGGACAUCGUCUUAAAGGGACAUGAGACCAUAGCCUACCUACACACAUCAAAAACCAACUUUACAUUGAAUAUAUUCAUAAGCAAAAUGAUGUCGGUUAUUGUCAUAAAUUCCAGUAUCUGUAAAUUUUUGGUUUAUCGCUCAGCCCUUAUUAAAGGACUCAGGAAUAAGCAGAGGUAAAUCUUAAACAUCUCCAUGGAGAUAGCCAUUAUGGUGAAGAAUAGGAUGUAAUAACUUACACAAUGGCAUCUGUAUGCAUACCAGCCUCAGAGCUGUAGAUUCUGCAUUCAUAAUAGUCGCAUUAAAAGGAUGUCCAGUCACAGAGGCAAGAAAAAAAAAACCUGCAUGCACAAUUCUGCAAAGCAUGUAGAGCCAUGUUAUUGCUUAUUGUGCUCUUUGCAGUUUGUGCAAUUAUUGGGCAUUUCCAGAACAUGCUGUAAAGACUAUUUUUGUACUCGAGCUACUAAAUCUGCGAGAAAACAUUGACCACAGUGAAGCAUGUUCUCCCCAACUGGAUUAGAAUUUCAUAUCACAGCAGUUUGAAUUGUGGUACCCGAGUACCAGCUCCACUGGGGCUUAACAGGAUCUUAUGAGCGGCCACGCUGGCUAGAUGUCUCACACAGCACAUUCAACUGGAGCUUCUGCUUCGUAUUGUAUUGUCUCAUCCACAGUGUAGACCACUCCACUAGACCUGGUCACAUUCAUUUGUGAAUUAUGCUUUUAGCCGAGGAUGUCGUACCAUUUGCUUUGGUUGUGUGUGUGCGUGUGUGUGAGAGAGAUUGCCACUGGGGUAUUUGCCUGGGUUUGCAUUUAUCCACAGCUCCUGAUGAAACACCUAUGCUGAGUAUUUCUCAACUGUCAGUGACCUCACUUCCCAGAAAUGACUGAUGGUAUAUUGGGAUGAUCUCACAUGAGAGGUUUCAGUCUUGUCACAUUUACAGCACAUUAGAGGGACUCUCAGCCCUGCUCACUUGCAGCCAGUGAUUUUGGCAGGCAGGCAUGAAAAAGCUGAGAUCGUGGAACAUUUUCUUUGCUUCCGUGUAGUCCACAUUUCCCGUUCCAAAUUAAAUACAACUCCCUCUGCCUCUCUCUGUCUCUCUCUAACUAUUUGUGUCUGUCUGAGUUAGUGUUAUCACGUGACGGAGCAGACAAUAGAGAGGCACUCUGGCAGUACGGAGAGGUUAGCAGGGUUUUUUGUGUUGCUUGUCAGUGAGGGGGGGCAUCGAAGCCGUGAAUGGGAUCAUUGAGUCGGAGGUAAUUUUGGGCCCCGGUGCAGGGCAUUAGUUGGACAGGCCUUUCUGCUGACAGGCCUGUUUCUCUCACCCCCCACCCUCUCUUUCUCUCUCCCCCCCUCCUUUUUUUAACCCCCAACCCCCAUCCCCCCCCUCUGCUGCAUCGGCAUUUCUAUCCAAACUAUGGGCCUUUAUCGUUGUGUCCAUGACGACACGUCUGACAGGGCGGGGCAGCCAAGACCUCUCUCAGCCCUGUACCUUGGGGAGCCAAUACAUCUAGAUAAAGAUAAGCUGCAGAAGCCAGGGUUUAAGCUGUGCCACACUACACAUUUCUGUGGUUUUUCUAAGCCACCAGAGUAUUCCUGAUAAAUGAAGAGACACACGCUGGACACUCUCAUUCAUUAUCAUUGGAAAUGGUUGUGCCUGCUGGGAGUUUGUGCAGUGAUUGCCAUGGGGGCUGACUGUUGAAGGGCCUCUCAGAGGUGUCCUGAUGGCCAAAUUUCAGACUAAGUUAAAGAGCUGGAGCACAGCUCGACAAGAGGAUUGAGCUAAAAUAACUGGCAGGGGGAUACUGCUGUCAAGAGCACUGCUACACAUGUUCGUGAAAAUGUAAAGCCAAAAGUGCCAGAAGGACAGAAAAUGGGAACACGUGGAUGGCAGCUUAAAGACAUUUAGUGAGAAUUCAAAGUAGGGAUGAGUGGCGAGUAAAAGCACAAAAUUAUACUCUAAAGUGGAUCCAAUAAACCGAGUCAGAUUGACACCUCGUGUCUACGAAUUCUGAAGAUCAGACAUGUCUGUUUUACAUAGUUUUUCUUUGACUUUACCCGGUGGCUGAAUGAAAGCCAAUAAACACGAUCAAGUGGAGUAGAAAUGCUGAUGUAACGCACUAGAAACUGAAACUCGACUCUUCCUUUUCAGCAGAACUGAGCACAUCCUUUUUUCUAUAGCAACUUCUCGGUACUCUCCAUAGUUGUUGUUUUUUCUUCUUGUUUUUGUGCUGGUAAGAGAUGUCCUCAGUAAAGAGACAAAAUAUGCUGGAAAUUAGGGCUGUCCCGAUACGAUAUUGAUAUUGGAUAUCGGUCUGAUAUCAGCCAAAAAAGAAAUAUCGGAUUAUAUUGGACGUCAUCUAAAAUCUCCAAUAUCAGCACUCCACUGGCACCUCUAGCUAGCAGCGCCCAGAUCUAGCAUGCAGAGAACCAUGUAAUCACGACAACAGUGUGUACUAAAGUACAAAGUAGGAAAGAGUAGAAGUGAUGUCGGCUGUGUGGCAGUAUUUUUUGUUUGAGUUCAAAAAAGACGUUGCAGCUAAGUGCAAAACUUGUCAUGCACAAGUUUGUGCCAAUAACGGAUCAGCCAAUUCUGAAGGCUACAAUAUCUGGAAGUAGUAAUUGGAAGUAAAAAAUUUUUAUCGGGACACUCCUACUGAAAAUGGCUUUUAUUGUUUGUUUAUUGUUUCCUAGAGACAAAGUGAUGCCUUUAUUUAUUUUGUUGGAUGACCUAAAGACAGUCCUCUGAAAAUCUCAAACUUACAAUCAUCACCACCACAACAAAAAGAAGCAGAUAGUCGUACAUUUGCUCAACAGCAUUGUCAAGUAUGUUAUUGCGUGGGCACCUCGGAUGGAGAGGUCUAAGUGAGACCUCAGCGACCUCUGAGUGAAGUUUGAAAGCCCCCUGCUCCGUCUCCUGCUGCAUUGUGGGUUUUUUUUAUAUUUUUUUGACAGACACUUACUCUGUAUUCUCCCUCUGUCUGAGGAUCUGCUGACUUGGGCUGGCUGGUGAUUGCCCGGAGGCUUUGAGUUUACAGGCUGCUGGCUUUAAGGCAAAACCUUCACAGAAAAAAAGGUCAUCUAUCUGAUGUCAGCUUUGCCAGGUUCAAAGAAAGAGAAAAAUAAUUGGUCAAGGGUAAUUUAACAAAGGCAGCCAGGAAGAGAUGGUCAAUAUCAAGUGUAUUCCAGCACAGAGGAAGGAUCUUGUCAUCUCCUAUCUUCAUUAUUGGAACUGCUGCCUCUUCUGUAAUGCUGUUUCACCUUGAGAGCUGUUAAGAAACAUUUAGAUGAAUUGCAGCUACUCAGGUAAAAAGAGGCUGUUGUCUUGUUUUGUCAGAGUUGAAAUCUCUUCGCUCUAAUCGAAUGCUUCACAUGGUCUUUGCUGAGAGUUUUUGUCUCCUUGUUUGGGGUUUGAUAAAGCAGAGCAGGUUGCAGAUUCAUUCAACAGGGUGAAUACAUUCUGAUUGCGCAGCAUGUCAGUCUGUAAACUUCCCAUAGACCAACCCCCAACAUGCAAGUUUGUAUUGGAUAUUUUCACUUCACUUUUGAAUAAUAGUGUUUCUCCUAAAAAGCAGAUUUCGGUUUCCUUCCCUCCCCUGCAGCACCUGCGUUUCUUUCAGCCACUCCGCCUGUAGUCGCUCACCAAGAAAACACGUACGUCUUUGUCAGCGCUGGGACCAAGGGCAUCUACCUGAAAACAUCUGCUGUUACAAGCAACAAGAAAAGUGUUCAAUUCACCCCCUGUCACUGCCAAGAGAUUAAGUAGUAGCGAGGUGUGGUGUACUUCAGGACAAUUGAUUGCACGUGUUUUGGCGGAACUAUUAAAAUAAGCCUGACAGUUCGCGUUAUGACUUCCCCCUCGGACCCUGAACGGAUCUACUGCAUCCUCUCCCCAAGCCCAUAGGAGCUCCUAGUCCUCUGAAGACACCACUGGGUCCCUGAGGUAACCGCACAAAGGAAGAUUAGGCACCCUCCUUCAAGGCUUUUGUUAAGUAAUUCCACAUGUCUUUUAAUAAUUCAAAGCGGCACCAGCAGAGCCUCCACACGAACGAUGCUCGGCAACGUUGUGAUCUCUGUGGCCGGGAGGAGUUUUUAUCUUUCCCUUUAUGCUGUUUUGUGUGCAAUAAACAGGAGGAGGGGGGCUGUAAGGGAAAUAUAGCUACACAAAAGGAUCACACACUGUUGUUAUUUGGUGUUGAGGAGUGUGUGUUGGUGUUUGUGUGUACAUGUUGGAGCUACGUGGGCUGUGCUGUGCCGUCACUCACUUGUAACGUGAACUGGUGGUGUACCACUGCCACCGAGGCACCCCGCGGGACUCAGGCCCCCAUGAGCCACCUGUCUGCAGCCUACGUAUGCGUGCACGACUUUCAGCGUGUUUUUCUGUUUGAGCACGCUGAUGAAAUAAACAUCACACGCGCUCUCUCGAGGAGCUGAGGAUCGGCAGUCAUCCACGGAAGGCAUCCCUGUAUGUCAUGGAGGACAAAGCUAGCAUGCGAUGGCUCGAGCUGAGAAUAAAAUAAGACUUUUCCAGCAGAAUUAAACAUGUUUUAUUUAGGCUGUAUAUAUCCUCCGUCUUCCAAACACUACAAGGCAUUUAGACGGUGUUAUUUACACAGCUGGCUUUAAGGUAAUGCUUUGGGGUUUGGGAUUCUUCUUUAAUAGCCCUUAAGGGGCACGCUUCCCUUUUUUCUUUAGUUUUUCUCCCCCUUCGACUCUCUCCUCCACUGCACCUGUUUUCAGCAAUACCUUUGGGGCACAGCUUGAAGUGAAUAAUGUAUGAGCACGAAGGAGAAUCAGAAAACCUUUGUGGACCUUCUGUCUGUCUGCGUGUCUGUCUGUCUUCUCCCUCCAUUGUCUCACUCCAGUUUAUUUUCUUGUUUUUUUGUCCGUCACUGUUGAGCUUUUUUUUUCUAAACCUUAAUCAUCUGUCUUUCUGCUUUUGCAGUGAGGUUUCUCGACUGUGGCCGAGGCGGUCUGGUGCGGUUUGAAUGCAGUAACCCAUCCGACUUCCGGAUAGAAGCUGAUGGAGGGGUCUAUGCAGCCAGGAGUAUUCGGCUCUCUACACUCCCAGCAUCACUUUUGCUGAUUAAGGCCAGCGACACCACCAGCCAGCAGCAAUGGGUGACUCAAGUCAGGCUGACACCCUCCACACAGGUAAACAAACCCUUCACCACCUUCAUAAGAUUCCUAGCUUGUUCGUCGAUUAUCCAACUGAUGUUACCGCCAUAGAAAGGUGGAACGAUCAAUUCGCCCCUCGCCUCACAUAACUUACACUUAUUAGGCACGCCGCACAUUCACAGAUGACUAGUUCCCUAAAUUGUAGCAGGUGUUCCGAGAGACUGGAUGGAUGCCGGCUAAUUAAAACUUAAUGUGUCAAUUUACUAGCAGCACAAACAUAUACUCAACACGGUCAGUGGAUGGCAAGAGCAGAUGCAAAAUAGCUCCUCAUAAAGUUGAUUUCAGUGGGCAAAGCCUUGUCAUUGUGAGGUUAUUGCCAUAUCAUCUAAAAAGGGGGACGCACCUCUUUGGGUGCUUCAGAAGACAAGAAGCAUCUGUCUCAGCCAUGGAGUGCUGCUCCAGCCGUUCCACUGGACGUGUUGUGCAGUCAUCUGCAAUUAGUUAGAAUGACCAUGUGCUCAUAUGUCAACACUGUGCUUGGCUGGGGAUCAGAGGAAUCGCACAGAAAAAGCACCGCACAUGUCCGAUCCGUCUGCCGCCUAACCAGGAAAUGAAAAGAAGCUCUAAAGGCGGCGUUAUUGUAGCGGUUUUAGACUUCAGCGCCGGUGGAUUAUGUGAUCCUGCUCAAUUAGGUAAUAUCUGCUGUUUUAAUCUAACGGUUUGUGAUCCUCUCCAUCCUGACCCACUGAUUCAUGAGAGCAUUUCUGUUCAUUUUAGAACAAUCGCCUUAAAAGUUCACCUCUGGAGUCUUUAAAGCGACCACCAAACGUAACAGCCGUGUUUAAAAUCAUGUUUAUUUUACAAAGACCGACUUGCACUUCCUUUUUAUAUCCGUACUACACCAAAGCAAACUUUUUUAAGUGGCCGUUUAAAGAUCUGCAGCACAGAGGAUCAUCUCAGGAAAGUCCCGGGGUCGUAUUUUAUGUGGUUGCAGAUUAAAAAGUUAAUACUGACAUUUAUGCGUAGUUACUUGUAGUGCUGUGGGCUCACUGGUCUGCUGGGCUGAAAUUAAAUGUGUAGCCGGUAAUGAUUUCAUGGCUUUGAAAACACCAUCGUUAUCCACUGACACUCAUUAACUAUAGGGACUGCUGCAGGUAUGUGAUUUUAAUGAUACCAUCAGUCACUGUUGUCGCUCGGUCAAAGGCAAAUGCAUGGUUUCCCCUAUGCAGGUAAACAAGUCACGGGAGGUUUUUCAAAGUUUUUAAAUAAAAGUCAGAGCGCCACGCCGGCGAGUCAUGUUGUUACAAAUAAUCAGCUGUAUCAUCAGCAGCUGUACUCUGAUCUGUAUCUGCAGAGAGCUCUCGGGUUUGCCCCUGAUUCGUCUGUAAUGAAAUCAGGGAUUGACUUUCCCGUAUCUCUUGCACGUUUAAGAGGUCACAAGCGGUUGUCUUCCUCGCAGCAUAAUUAUUGUCAUGAAUCAUCACGCAUCUCUUAAUCACAUCAGCGAUUACAUUUUUUAUUAGUCCGUGAAUGCAGCAGCCUUGGGGAAACAUUUUAAUCAAUGACAACCAAACAAUAUCCUCAUUAACAUGAGGGAGUCCUCGCUCACUAUCUCCACCUCUAUUAGAACCUCGGUUUGACCGCAGUUCGUGAGGAGAAAACAGUUAUGUGUUUGAAAGAGACCUUUUUUUUUUUCCACACACAUGCCUAAUCCCUCCCCACACACUCGCAAACGCUCAGGUCAUCACUCAGCCUAACAUUCCCCUGGACUCCAAAGAUGGAGGGGGGUUCACGGAGUGUGGAUAGGUGCAGACCCCUAGUGCACCAGAGAUAGAUGCAAACUGGGCUGAACAAACCCACCGUUCCAUUCAUCAUUCCAGACACAAGUUGCAAAUAAUUACUGCUCUCGCUCGGACCCAUUUUAAUAGGGUAAUAGAUAUUUCUGAAGUAUGCUCCUUUACUAUCUGUCUGCUUGCCUCUCUGAAUUUCCAAUGUGCGAAAGCAGAAUAAUCGGAUUUCAAACAUGAUUAGUGAAAUCUCUGUGACUGCUCCCCAGAUGUUAGAGAAGGGGGAGCGUGGGACGAGGGUCAUAUUUUAAGGUGGUAAAGUGGUAAUUAAUAUCUAUUUGCAAAGGAAACUUUGUUUAGUUCUUUAGCAAAAAAAAAGUCAACAUUCAGAUGAGUUGCAGCAACAGCAGGGAAGAUAUUUAAAGGGACGUGACAGUGCAGUCGAAAUCCCAGCUAUCAUUCAUUGACAUUGACAUAUUUUACAUAUUGUUUUUCUGUUUUCUUUCCCGCCUUGUUGUGUUCAAGGUUAUUUUAACUUUCUCUGGCACUACUUCAGUCUCCUCAGUCUCUGGAGCAGCAUAGGCAAUUUGAGCCAUCUGUGUGUUUAGUGUCUGGCUUGCAGGUACCAUCCUCCUUUGUUUCAAAUCUCAUUCAUUACAGCAGAGGGAGGAUGGCAGAUCCAUUAUGGGAGCUGGUCUGUCUGUGUGGGUGCAUUUUAUCAGGACAUAAGAAGAGGCCUGCCAUUUAAAGCAAAUCCGCACCGGCGUUGCGAGGCUGCGCGCAGGAGCCACACCAAAGUUCUUUGAGGAAAAUCAUCACAUGCUGCACUGUCGAUAUUUUAAGCUACAAAGGAAGUCAUAAAGGAGUGGAUGGUUUGAUUGAACACACAUUUUAAACGGGUAACAAAUGACAUUUGGAAGAGCUUAUUAGUUUCGGGAGAGAAAUAGCAGUCUAUUUCCUUUUAUCGCCACUUCAAUUUCCUUUUUGUUUAACUAAAGGGUUUUCACUGCAGUUUGUUUUUUGGCAUCUGUUUUUAUUGAUUUGAAAGGAUAAAAAAAACCUUUGAUGAUAUAAUAUGAUGCCUUAUGAUAUCAAGCAUGGACAGCGGUGAUAUCUAUUAAUCUAAUCAGAGAAUAUGAUCAGAUGUUGGGUUUUAAAGGUCCCCUAUUAUGAAAAAUCCACUUUUGAGUGGUUUUCUACUAAUAAUAUGCAUCCCCUUGAAGCCAGGACUUUCAUUCCUACCCUUUCUUGCUUGAAAACAUGAGCGCAAAUGGGCAAAUGGAAAAUCUGUGCGGUUAUGAUGACAUAACCGCAUGAACUACCUCCUAUUGGACGAACACAGGGACAGAUGGAGCAUUUCGUCCAUCGUAUCCAAUCAUUACGUCCGUCGGAGUGAAAGCCGCAGCCCAUUCCAGAGAGGGGCGUGGUUACAAACAGCUCAUUAUCAUUUAAAGGUACAGGCGGAGAAUCAGCCCGUUCUCAGUGGAGCUCAAAAAGAGGGGGGUACAGGCUGGCUGAUAUCCACAAAUAAACUGAAGGUUUUAGACAACAAACUUCAAAUUUGCUAUCGUGGGACCUCUAGGACCGAUUUAAACUUUAAGACAAAUGCCAUAAUAGGGGACCUUUAAUGACCGUUUCAUAUCAUAAGUAUCUCUGUUAAAUAAAAAGGAAAGUUUGUUGUUAACAGAAUAUUAAAACACACGCUCACCUGAGCAGUAGCCUCACACUAAUGGUUACAGCAGUAUUUUCCACAUACACUAAAUCCUCUCUCAAGUAUCUUGGCCGUUGUUAUUUUAUUAUUUUAUCCCUCGAUGAUCAGCUUCAGGUGCGUGGUAUCUGCACUUUCUCUGCACCUCUCUGUAGAUGAUCAAAAGAAAGACAGGAGGAGGGAGUUGUCUGCUUUUCUUCUUCUUGUGCAGUUGCCACUGUUAUUCUGCCCUCCUUAGUUUCGCUGUGUCAUUGAAAACAAGCCUCUCCACGCUAACCUUUUGUUAAAACGGAAUCACAAGUGGGACUGAUGCGUUUUUCCAGUCGUCAAAAUACCAUGCUAUGAUUACAUUCCCAGCUACAUUGCAUCGUUGCGUCGGUGUGAAGCAUGUGAGCUUCGAGCUUGAUCCCUGCACAAGUCAACCUGUAGUAUUUAAUUAUCUCAUUGCCAUUCAGUGUUUGGAGAACAUUGCUCCUAUCACACUGUCUUUUCAUCAUUUUUUUCCCCCUGCCUGAGAAACUCUUAAGCCUCUUCAAAGUCCUCCUCACCACUCCUAACCGUGUUUCACCUUAGGAGCUCUCUUGAGGGCUAAGAUGCUUUGAGAACAAUUUUUAUCUCUACCACCUCGAUCAGGAUCUAGUCCCAGCUUUAAGGAGGAGGUCUUAGAAAAUGUCUCUGAAUUAUUUAAAAAGUCUUUUGGUUAGGAAGCAUUGUAAAUACUCAUGUUUAACAUAGAAGUUUAAAAAAGCUCCAAUUUCACAACAUGUGGUCAGUUUUUCUGGAUUAAAAAAAACAGAAGGGGUUUCACUGCAUCCUCAGGGGAACAUGGCUGCGCGUAUGUAUCUGAUUAUAUGGUAAUCUAUUCAAUUGAUGUCAAGAUGUCUUACUCAUAACAUUAAAUACAACCUCAUGAAAUUGUUUGAGAAAACUAAGAGGCUCCUUAAGUCAAAGUUCUCAUCCUGCCGGGACCACGAAAGCCUGCAUGUAAUUUACACCAGUCCACCCAGAACCCGUUGAGUUUUUUGAUUGACCAACUGACCAAUAUUGCCGUCUAAAGAGCAGUGCAGCUGCUUAAAAAGUACUCAUUUUUACUGCAAGUAGAUAGGAUCACUACACAGCACUUGAACUAAAUGAUUUCCUUUUCACAGGCCCAGGGAGGUGGUGUCCCUCCAGUCAUAUCCAAGGAUUUGAGGGAAAUAGCAUUUCCAUCACGAAACACCGACAGCCAACUCAAACGCAUGAAGAGAGACUGGGUCAUCCCCCCAAUCAAUGUCCCAGAGAACUCGAGAGGCCCGUUCCCACAAGAGCUUGUCCGGGUAUGUAACUCGCAUGCACGGUCCACACACAUCCACACACACUCACAUGCACAUGUCUUUCACAACUUUAAAGACAAUGCCUUUUUUCCUGGUAUGACAACCUUGUAGGUCCCUUUUGCCCUCAGCUCCCACUCAAGGGGUCACAAACACGAGACUAGGGGCUUCUAGCAAAACACUUUGUAUUUACAGCACUUAGCUAAAGGUCAGGAGUUUUUUCCCAAUGUAUUAUUUAGCUUUAGUUUUAGGGGAGGGGGGUUUGGAUCAAUGUCACUUGGUAUUAUAUGAAAGCAGAGAGAAAUCUGAAGUGCCCGCCAUCGCGAUUGCUUCUCAGUAGACUGUCGAGAUAUUACACUCCUUUUAUCUGGGCUCAAGGACACACACACACACACACACACACACACACACACAUACACAUACACAUACACAGAGCUCGAUUCAUUUGCAUCAAUUCUGUGGUAAGGGCUGGGUGUGGGUGGCUGACAGAGGACAAGCAAUACGAGGGACAGCUAAGAACUCGAUCCUUUUUCAGCAUAUUAAGCUGACUUCCUUACCCAGUGUUAAGUCCUGUACAUGCUAUUUGUAUGUAUUAUAUUUAAUCCAGCCAUAUUAGAAGGGAUGUCUCUGGGCUUUAGCGGAUGAUAUCAGAAUGAGGAAAUGCUCUGUUUGCUCAGCACGGAUUCAGGGUGAAGGCACAGAGAGUUUCAGCUUACAUGGCAGGCGGAAUAGACAGCUGAGCCAAGACAGGACUUCAAUACUCCACAGACACAGGGCCCCCUUGUAGGCCUAUUUUUUUUCAUUCUUCAACCUAUUUAUAAACCAAUACUCAAAUUUACAUGUGAAUAAUGCUUUUCUGUGCUUUUAUCAUAAGAUAUGUAUGAUAUUUGGUGUAAAAGCAGCUAAUUGAGUUUCUCCAGAAUACAGUGAGAUUGAUUCAUAUCAUGGUAAAAGUUUGGGAUAUAUUUGGUGUUGUUGUUAAAAAAAAAACCUCUGCACCCACAGAUUCGGUCAGACCACGACAAGAACAGGUCUCUCAGGUACAGUGUGACGGGCCCUGGUGCCGACCAGCCCCCCACAGGAAUCUUCAUCAUCGACCCGAUCUCUGGAGAGCUUUCUGUCAACAAGCCGCUGGAUCGAGAGCACAUCUCCAGUUUCCAUGUAAGUCAGACACACUUGUUUUUUUUUGUUUGUUUUUUUCAAACCUUAAUAACAUCCUCAUUAUGUUGUUUUUGCUCCUCUUCAUUUAAAGAAACGGUCUCUCAGCGGUUGCGCUGUUUGUUCCAACCCGUCAGCAUGUGCUUCAGAGUCAUGUGUUGCCCACACAGUCUUCUCAGACACUAUGCAGACCGGGGUCUCCCAGGAAAUCUUGACUGAUCCGUCUGAGAAUUUAAAGGAUUUAACGUGAUGUUUUUUAGUGUUAGAUGUAUAAUAACCUCCAGCGCUUUCACAGCUGCUUCGCUCAUUAGCAGUUAUCCCUUACAAAGAAAUGGUCUUUAAGUUAUAUAGCUUACCAUUUAAUGCGAUUAAUUUACAGUAAUCGUCUGACACAAACUGGUACAAUUGAUGGUUAAGAAUGGGUGUACUUAAAAUGAAUUUAUAUACCUUAACUUGUUCAUCCCCUACAUGUGUGAUUUUUCACGGGUUGAUGAAGUGAACUGUAAAUUAAAGCGUUAAAGGAGCAGGCCACUGUGUUUUAGUGAAGUUAGUGCUGAUGUUUGAGGCUACCCUUGUUCCUUAUUUUCACCAUUUAAUUUGCUCUAUUUAUCUAAUUCUAUGGCAUAUAGAGCAAUUUAGAGAUUCAUUUACACUUGAACUAAACUGUAAGGUAGUUAUUUGAAAGGUUGCUUGAAGACUAUGGUAACACCGCCUGUCAAUCAUUCAUACAUAAAACAUAACCUGAAUAAACCCCAGAGAGUAUAGAUGUAUCAGGAUGAAAUCCUGUACGAGGCUCUGACCUUGCAUUUGUUUAUAUAUGGAAAAAUGCAUUUGUAGUUCAAAACAUAUGCAGCAGACCUUCGGAUCUUUUUUGUAAAGCAGGACCGAACCUAUAUUGACCUGUUGUCAGUAACAGUUCUGAAAAUCUGUGUCAAAAGACCACCAUAAAAUGCAGCUCAAAGGCUUAUGCUGUUGUGGACCCAGGCAGGUACCACUAAACCCAGUCAUUUGCUUUUCUUUUUGCCUCGCACAUGAUUGAUUUUGUCGUGGGAAAAACCUUGUUCUUUGUGGAAACUGAAUUCCUCUCUUGGUCACACUGGUCUGAAAAAUAGGAUUUUCAAAACAGUUUGCUUUUCUGUAAAGAGUAAAAAGGUUUUCAGCGAUGGUUAGCAGGGGUUAUGAUUCACUUUCGCAUGUAAGGUCAUAAUUCCUUCCGAUUUCAAGUUCUAUUUAAUAUUUUUCUAAGCACCGUGUCAGUGAAUAGUUCCCCUAUUAUUUUCAGGAUGACACCAUUACACUUUUGAUUCAAGUCCUCGCUGCUGUACUUUACUCGUCAGGGACAGAGCGUGUCAUAAAAACCACUGUGGCGCUUUCAAAAAGGGGAAAGUACAGUCGUCUUCAUCUAGAGGGACCAUAAAGCAGAAGUGUUAGAUUUGGCCCAGAGAUGAUAGAAAACUGUUGCAGUUUCUGAUGACGGAUCAGUUUUUCUUACUGCAGAAUCAGAACCAUGACACCCAUUAUAGUAAGUGAGGUUAAUGAUCAAAGCUUUUAAACGGGUGACAUUGAGUUGUUUUUUCCUGAUACGUUGUUUGCACAGUUGUGCUUGAACAACUCUACAGUCCAGAUGUGUUUGUGUUUUCUGCAGCUGAGGGCUCACGCAGUGGACCUGAACGGCAACCAGGUAGAAAACCCUAUUGACAUUGUGAUCAAUGUAAUCGACAUGAACGACAACAGACCCGAGUUCACUCAUCAGAUCUGGAACGGCACUGUUCCAGAGGGUUCCAAGCCAGGUAAUAAACCACAUAAAACCAGGCACAGCAUCACACUAUAUGAGCAGCCGAUCGGCUGAAGUCUGAGCCUCUGGCUCCACGCGCUGCUGUGUGUUAGCAGAUCAAACAGCAUUGAUGGCAUUCCCGCGGUGCUCACUUUGUUAAGUUUGCCUCUGCUAUAUCAGAGCUAUCAGUGGUACUUUUUAGCACAAGUAAGAACACUGGAUGUCUCUAACGUAGUACAGUGUUUUCAUUUUUAAAUGUUUUGCCAGUACAAAAAUAAAUGCAUACAGAGAUCACUCACAAAUAUUUUUAUCUUAUCUUUUCUGUCCUAUAGGAACUUUUGUUAUGACAGUAACAUCUGUUGACAAAGACGACCCCAAAACAGCAAACGGGAUGCUGCGUUACAAGAUCCUGUCUCAGAAUCCAGAGAGUCCGACUUCCAACAUGUUCACCAUAAACAAUAAGACUGGAGGCAUCAUCACCGUGGCUGCAGGCCUGGACAGAGAGGUAAUUGACACAUGUUUUUUCUUUCCUUCAGUGUGGACUCUCUGAGUCUUCAUCCUCUUAUAAAUUGGUUUACCACCAAAGUUUCUCCCUUUUUACUCCUUUAACACCACGUUGUUUUUGCCAUUAUUCUCCCUACCUAACUCAGAGUGAUACAAAAUAAUUGCAUUAGUUAAGUGAAACUUUAUUAACAACUCUUUCCAUUCACGAAGUAAUUUUCCUCCUCAUUUCCUGUGCUGCAUGUAUUUAUUUUCCAUGAUUAUAUAAACGGACUGUGCCUGUUUUGAAAUGAGAUAACAAAACACAGCUUGAGUUGAUUUGCUUUUCUCUGGCCUGUCUAAGACCUAAUGAACCAAUGUGAAUUUUUCUGAUUACCAACUAAAUGAGAAGUAGAAAUGGACUCCGAUGUUUUCACACUUAUUUACUCUUACAUGGAGGUAGUGUGCAUCACUGAGCAGCUAAAUGUUUCCAUUUCUUCGGCCAUGCCUUUUCUGUCUCUAUGCCUCUGAAGCAGUAGCUUUAGAUUUUCUUCCUCACUUUCCUUCCCUCCCUCCCUGUAAAUGCAACUAUUUGUCAUUUGAUUGGCUCUGUGAAAAAAAACAAAACCACAAAAUGAUAUAGAAAGCCGGCGCCAGUUGGUGCAAUUCUAGUGAGGGCAAUCUGGCUAGGUGGCUGCUCAAUCACUUCCGCCUUGGGGCUGACGUUUUAUGUCCGCCAGUUGCCACCAUGAAAGUAAUUUGCCCUACACUCAUUACCCAGCAACUGGUCCGUCACCAGAGUGGCUUUUAAUGUGAAAAGAGUCAUUUGUUUGCUCUCUGAUGGUGUACAAAGCAAAGCUGCAAGUUUCACACUUGCAAACACUCGUCCCCCAUAGAGUGUAUCGCAUGCACAUGAAAACACCAUUAGUCAUAUUAAUUAAGAAGCAAGCCAGCGAAGAUCUGUCUCAUUUUGGUUGGUCGUACUAAGUCUAAUGCAUUGUGCUUUCAGCUUAUGUUAAAGGAUGCUACCUUCUAUCUAUAUAAACUAUAACUAUAAUAGUAGACUUCAGAAUUCACAUGAAAGAUUAGAUAUAAGAUCAGACAACAGUUUUUUUUUUGAACUCUGCUUUAACCUCUUUUUCUUCUCCCUACAGAAAGUGCCUCAGUACACUCUGAUCAUCCAGGCCACCGACAUGGAAGGCAACCCGAUGUACGGCCUCUCCAACACGGCCACCGCUGUCAUCAGAGUCACUGACAUUAACGACAAUCCGCCAGAGUUUACUGCUGAGACGGUAAGAAACAAACUCUCAUCUGAGACAUCAACACAGCAAUCUGUGCGAAAAGGAAAGCACCGCAUGGGCCCCCUGUUUCCCUUCACUGUCUGUAGAAAUAUGCACUCAACCGUCACUUCUGCUCACUUACCUGGUUCUGCUGGCCCAGCAGUUCUGAAGCCAUACAGAUAUACAAGUAGCCAGCCAUGCGUAAAGUGUUAUAUCCUCCUCCAAAUGUUGACACAUGCAACUGCGGGGAUGUCUGCCUGAGUGAGAGAGCCACUUACCGUGCGCGCAAGUCACUGAAAUUUGUAAUGCCAGUGUUGUGCUAUCAGGGGAGGACAGGGAAUGAGAUGACCAUGACGACAUGAUAAGUUACCUCAGAUGUCUAUUUACCCCAGAUUGGUCCUGCUGUGCUGUGCGAGGCAGGGCUCGGAGUGUUUUCCGCUGCCACAGCAGUAUCACUAACAGCUCGCUGUUCUCUGCGUUCAUGGUUUAUUCAUGCAGUUUUUCGGCGAGGUGCCUGAAAACCGUGUGAAUGUCAUUGUGGCCAACCUGACGGUGACUGACAAGGACCAGCCCAACACGCCGGCAUGGAACGCCGUCUACAAAAUCACCGGGGGCGACCCCACCGGCAGGUUCUCAGUGCCCACUGAUCCGACCACUAACGAGGGCCUGGUAACGGUUGUCAAGGUAAGGCAUGCUACUCAAACUCCACCCAUAUUAUUCUAAAGAGAUGCAUAGUUGAUGUAUACUGCUCUAGUGAGAGGGUCAGAUGAUGCUACCUGAAUUAAUAUUUAUGUUUAUGACAAGUGAAUCUGAUAAAAGCAAAGAUAACAAAGAUGUUAUUCUUCUACCUGCAAAUUGACACAGCAAGCCAAUACCUGUUUGAUCCAGCUGUGUGAACAAUAGUUUCCAUGUGUAUAAUGACUCCAUAGAAGUUCUGUUCUGAUAAAUCGACAAACACUGUGUUUCCGUCAGCUGACCACAAAAGGAAACAGUCUCUUUAUCUCAUCCCACUGUCCAUUGUUCGCUUUCACAAUAAGGGCUUUUCAUGCAAGAGGAAACCAAAGCUUUAAUUCCUUGAUUUGUUCACCAGUGUCACAUUCCCAGUGAAAUAACAUGAUUUCUUUUGUUUAAUUUAUGCCACAUUUAGAUGUGUGACUCACCCUUUGUGCGCCGUUUCUCACUGUUUUCCAGCCCAUUGACUAUGAAAUCAGCAGGACAUAUGUGCUGACGGUGGAGGCGAGGAACGAGGUCCCCCUGGCCAGAGGCAUCCACUCUCCUCGCCAGUCAACGGCCACCGUCUCCAUCAGAGUGAUAGAUGUCAACGAGAGCCCUUACUUUGAGCCCAACCCCAAACUCAUCAAACUGGAGGAGGGAGUGUUGCCUGAGUCCGCGCUGACCACUUUCACUGCACAGGACCCUGAUCGCUUCAUGCAGCAAACCAUCAGGUGGGUCAGAGUACGGUUCAUGAAACCGUCACAGACUUUGGAGAGGUUAAAGCCCUGUGACAGAAGUGGUAAAUUUCUUCAGCCUUUAAAGUUAGGUUGAUUUCCUCUGAAGUCUGUCUCCCUGAGCAUCCGGCAGAUGUUUAAAUCACACAUUUAGCUAAAAUAAUUGGCACCGGCAGCAGUAAGGACGCUGGUAUGUGAAUCGCUGAUGAGUAAAACAGUAGUGACACGAUAGUUUUAGACGACUCGCCGCAUCACUCCUACUCAACUAUGCAGCACGCAUUUCUCCAUCUCAUUGUUAGAACGGGCUCUACUUCUUUUUUUUUUUUUUUUUCCUCCUUUUCAUCAUCAGACGUCUUGCCUCACAGCUGUUUGGCCGUGGAAGUGUUUAUCUGCCUGAAAACAGUCUGUGUGAAAUGAGCUAGCUUUGUAAUUCCACGGUUUGUCCUACAAAUUAGUUUGAGCUCCUGAUAACAACAAGCUGGUUUUGGUCUCCCCUGUGAGGCUGCUCGCAAAAGUUAGAAUAAUUAUGUAAAAUGCGUGGCGUCUAAAAUAUUUAUUCUGUGUAAACAAAUAGAAACAAAAGCGUCUCGAGAAGUAAGAGCGAUGCCAGACUGAAGAUGGAGAGAGAAGCUCAGAGAUUUCUCUCUGCGCGCAACAAAAUUAAACCUUAUUAAACUUUAUCACCGCUCGUUUAAAAGAACUCGCAGAUAAGCUCCGUCUUGAAAUUCAGCUUAAAUGAAUAUAAGGAUUAUGAAUCACCGAGCUAAUCUUUCUUUUUCUUCCUUCAGAUACUCCAAACUCUCAGAUCCGGCCAACUGGCUGAGGAUCGACCCCAGCACCGGUCGCAUAACAACCAUCGCCAUUUUAGACAGAGAGUCGCCCUAUGUGAAGAACAGCUUGUACAACGCUACAUUCCUGGCUUCCGACAGCGGUAUGUAACCUUUUUUUUUUUUUCUUUUUUCGUGGAAUUGCAGUUUCCAGAAAUACCUUGUUGAGUUCCUGUGAUGCACGGGUUACAUGGUCAAGGUAUUUUAGCCAUGCUGUUCCACAAGCACUCCGUUGCAAGCCAUUAUUGUCAGAGCAUUCAGUGGAAGAUAAUGCCGCCUUUUCAGAAGGAAGCAGAGUGGAGGUCUAAUACAGCUCUCCUCUCAAAGGUCAGUCUUAAGCCAGAACCACUUUCACUACCUCUGUGAUGCUUUUUCAGUAGGAGGCAGAGCACCAACUUUCCUUAUCUGGUGGGAAAAAAAACUAUCUCAGUUACAGCCACAAAAGACAUCCUCCAUGCUUGAAGGUCAACCUUGUACCAGGCACUUGGUGUGUCUGCAACAGUGACCACCUUAGUUGAAGGUUAAUGGGCUAGCAAUCCCCGAACCAUCCAGCAUGUGGAUAUAUUCACCUCUUCCUGCACUGGUGGGAUUUACCUCUGUUCAGGUUUACCCUGUUCUGUGGAGCAUAGCUUAGGCCAAUAGGCUUAAAAACUCCACCAAUAAAGAGGUUUCUCAGCAUUAAUGGGUCAGGAUUGGAUGACUAGCUCCUUUGAGCGUGGCCUGAAUGAUAAAAAAAGCCUCUUAGCUGAGUGAAUACAUAGAGGAGCCUGAGAGCAGCGACAGUGGGCUCUGUUUGUCUGCUUUAGUAUUCCCAUCCCGUGUCCUUCGUCAGGAAGACGUUCUUCACACACACUCACACACACACACACUCACACAAAUGUCCUGAUAUCUCCCUCUUUCUGUCUUCCUCCUCACUUGAGAUUAGAUUCUCAGAUCAGUAUGCAGUUUGGAUGGGUCUUCUCCCAUUCGAGUAAAUAGCUGUUUAGAGUGUCCUAUUAUAACAUGAGACUCAAAUAAAAAAACUCCACACUUUACUUUUCUCUGUCAACUGCAUAAUGAAUGAGAGAUGGCCUUUCAAUGGUUUAUAUUCCUAUCCAUAUGUAAAUUAGUAAAAAUCCCCCUCCUCAUAAAUAUGGAUGCUCUGAGUAAAGUGUGUGUCUUUAAAUGACUCAUGCAGGUGUACCUCCAGCGAGUGGUACGGGUACUCUCCAGAUCUACCUGCUGGAUAUCAACGACAACGCUCCCAGGGUGUUCCCUCAGGAGGCGGAGAUAUGCGAAAAGCCGGAGCCCAACGCCAUCAACAUCACAGCGCUCGAUGGAGACCUGAACCCCAACGCCGGGCCGUUUGCCUUCGAGUUAUCCUACCGGCCCGCUACUGUGAGGAGGAACUGGACCAUCACACGAAUCAGCGGUAAGACGCGGUUUAAUAUCAUCAACACUUGUCACAGUCAGAUUGAGCUCAGCAAAGUCGAGCCAGGGUCAAAUCCUUAUUUCCUGUGUCAGAAUAAUUCGUCAUUAUAAUUAAUGUUGUUUUUUGAUAAGAGAAGUCUGUUUUGGUCACUACAUAGUGUGCUCAAAACUGAAUAAGACCUUUAUAUUAAAAAAUGAACAAAAUCAAUACACUGGCCUUUAUCAAAAAUCCUUUAGAGUCUGAGUGCAGUCAGCGCUCGAGUCUGAGUCCAACUCUGCGUCACAGUUGUGAGUCUCCUGACCUCAUACGAUGUCGAUUUUAAUCUCCUGGCCCGCACACAUCCUUAGUUUUAUUAGUUAUUGGCUCACGAAAAGAGGAAGAGAUAACCCUUCCUGCAUUUCGGUGACUGUUGUGUGAUGAUUGGAGAGAAAACUGCUAAAAAAAACAUCAGGCUGCAGAGAGAUAGAGUGGAGCUGAGGCUGUUAAAAUGAUAUUACAUCAACAUAACCAAACUGUUUUUAAUUGUUUAUGGCGAUUCCAUCCAAAAAUAUGAGUAGAAGGAAAUAAAGAGUUGUGUGUUAGCUAUUAGACGUUGAGAGUUGAAAAGCAGUGAAUAUAUCUUAAUAGGAUAAUGGCAUUUGGAUUACAGCUGCUGGGAAUUUAGCCUAAGCAGCAUUAUCAAAAGGUAUUCCGUGGAUUUAUAAGCUCCAAAUCUAAAUCCUGACCAUGUUUUGGAUUAGAUAUGCUGAUGCAACUUCCAGGUAUGAAUUCACGCUGAAUAUUUGUGGUAAUUUGAGUGUAAUUGUGCCGUGAACACAGCCUUACAAACGACUAUUCAAGAGUUUUGAAUUAAUCCUCUUCAAAGGAAACGUGAUUUUAUUCUUGAAGACACUGAGUAACUGAACAUACUGUAUGUAUUUACCCUGACAGAGAUUAGCUGUACAUUUAUUCUCCUCUCCCCCUCUCAGGUGACUAUGCUCAGAUGAGCUUGAAGAUCGGCUUCCUUGAAAGCGGCAUCUACGAGGUCCCCAUCAUAAUCACAGACUCAGGCAACCUGCCCAUGUCCAACACCUCCUAUCUGCGGAUUAAAGUGUGCCAGUGUGACAUCAACGGAGACUGCACCGACCAGCAGCACAUCAUGGCCGCCGGUCUCGGCACCGGCGCCAUCAUCUCCAUCCUCCUCUGCAUCAUCAUCCUCCUCAGUGAGUGUCUCGGCGCCUCUUUCACACAACUCAUCUCACGAUCACACACAGGGAUUAUCUAAGACAGCUAAACAUGAUCCGAGGUACCACUAGAUUACUGCAGGAUUACCAAAAAAAAAAAAAAGAUGGCCUCCAUCAGGCCACCAUCCAAGCUCUGAAACAUGGGAUUCCAUUAAGCUCGUAUGAAAAUAUGUUGUUUAUUAGCUCUUUUUGGUAACGUGAGAUUCUUCUCCGCCUUCCUCUCAGUUCUUGUGCUGAUGUUCGUGGUGUGGAUGAAGCGCCGCGAUAAGGAACGUCAGGCCAAGCAGCUCCUCAUCGAUCCGGAGGAUGAUGUGAGAGACAACAUUCUCAAGUAUGAUGAAGAAGGUGGAGGAGAGGAGGAUCAGGUACGAAUGAUUCACACACUGUUGACUCUUCAAUAAUUCAGUAGCUAUUAUUAUUAUUAUUAUUAUUAUAGGCCCCGAGAACCUAUUUCUCUCGCUGCUUCACGGCGUACGAGCAAUGAUUUCUAUUCCAUAUCACAUUUUUUUUAUAAUAAGAAAAAAGAUCUCAUCUUCAAGUGAGCACCAACAUUUUAAACAGGAAACAACAAACUGACACUUUAGCAGCGAGUGCAUUAAAAUGUAACUUUGCUUGAAUUUGUUCAGUCAGAAAAGGCAGUUGAGGUUUUUUUUUUAUUUGUAUUUCCAUCGUGGUAACACCAGCGUGACAGAAAGUCAAGCAUCACUCAGCCCUCUAUACUACGGAGCUGCACAAUGCUGUAAAAGUGAAAGGGUGCCUUAAAAGGAGCGCGCAGGCUUUGUUGUGUAAAACAUUCAGGUCACAUCCACUGUAUGCAGCACAGAAGCAGCUUCUGUAGAAAUGAAGCGUCGUGAGGAUAAAGAGGACCCCCUACACUCUUCCUGCAAGCGUACAUACACUCAGAGUACAUACGAGUCUGUGCUUACACGGCUGCUGAUACACGCCUCACACUGAGGGGUGAGACAGCUGUGGGUGUAAACUUGAAACUGGAGAUAGGAAUACUUGAAUUGAUAGGAUAAAUACAUUUUGAUCGGAUCAGCUUUGGAAGUAUCGGAACUGUAUUUCCUGACUGGAACUGGAUCCUGCUUACACACUAAUACACACACAUUGCUACCACAGUCAUCAAUAAAGUCACAUCUCUGUAUUCCCCCUUCACUGAUCAGGCACACGCAGACACUAAUUCAAUUGUCCUAAUGACCCCUUGUUAGCAGAACGGAACCAUUUCAUAGAGAAGGCAGUAUUAUUACAAAUGGGCAAUUGUCUGGCUGCUGGCUGAAGCGCUGCAGAGGCUUAGGUAAAGCAGAAAUGAGCAGGAGACCCCGGUCUGACCCGGGAAAGUGCCAAAUUAGCCUGGGAGACUUGUAAUUGGUGGGCUGAUGUCAUUCCGAGAUAGACAUCUGCUGUGGCACAAUAAUGAAGCUCUGUCUAAGGUAACAGUAUGACGAGGAGGCCAUUACACACACCAGCCAGCGAUUAGGCAAGGGGGGGAGUCCAUCACUUGUGCACUCGCAUCCUCAUUUUAACAAAUUGCACGGAGCCGUUGUCCAGGACAAAAAUGAAACGUAUACAAGACCCCUUAAAGACCAACAAGCUGGUGCAGCAAUUUAUUGUGAGAAAACAAGCUUCAAUUUUGAGUGGCGCAGAGGUAGGCAGGGCGCCAGGAGAAAAUGGUCUUGUCUGCGGAAUCAGGCGAGUCAGUGUUGGGUAAAAAAUGUCCCUUUCUUUCCCGGCGAUGUGGUCUUUAUAAUGCCCACCUCUGUUCACCCUAUCUCCCGCUGGGGAGGAAAUUGAAGUGUCAGACCAUUGGACGCUCCCGGAGUAUAUGAUUUUAGUUGCUGCUGCCAUUGCCCUGGUUUGUAUUGGUUUGUGAGGCACUCAUUUCAUCAAAAGCAGACAGCUGAUCAGGCAGAGCCGCACAGACAGGGAGAAAAAAAAAAUGAUGCCGAGAUAAUGGCAAAUCGAGGAGUUUUUGUGCACAGGUUCACAGGUGAGGAAAAAUAAAAUGUAAGACAGAGAUGAGUCAUCUGCUUCUUCAAAUCACCUCUGAAUAAUUUGAUGCACAUUAACCUUAGACAGAGUGUCUUUGGAAGCACGCUUUGAAAAAUGUUUUGAUUUGUUUCCAAUCCCACACAGUAAGUGAAACAAAACGAAUCCGACCUGUUUUUGUAGAUACUUCAAGUGCCUCAUGUUUUGCCCGUCAGACACAAAGACAAUUUUAUCAUCUCAGUCGGCUCUGUUUAAUUGUAACCCGGGGGUGUUUUGGACCUGUUUUAAUCGCAAAAAAAUGUGGUACAAAAGGUUUUAAAUGCCUCCAUUUUGGAGCAGCACAGCAGCAACACCACAACUAAACCAAACAAGACAAGAGUGAUCACGCUUUGCUAGCCUCAACGCAGGGAUGAUAUGGUCGAUUUAUAGCAGUAGUUAAGACGAUAAGAAGUGCACAGUCAACAAAAUAUAGUCUGGAGUAAAGGGAUGGGCGAUAAAUUAUUAUUCACGAUAUAUAGUCAGCAAAAUCCUCCACAAUAAAUAUUUGCCAUUUCAUAAUAAGUACGAUAAAUGUAAGUUGAUGACUAGCAGAGUAACAAACAAACAUGGCCGAAGAUAAUGAAGAAGACAUUUCUAAGCAGCUUGUUGCUGAACAAGGCUCCACAUGAGGGAUUUCCUCUAAGAUUGGGGCUUAGAUAAGUGUAAUCAGGUAUGCCUCUCAUCAGACAUUGCACAGAGUGAACAGAGUGAGCAGAUCCACUAAGAGUUUCUAACAAAUGUUGAAAAUGUUUUCACAUUUGAGACUUGUUUGAUGUUAUUAGUUUUCUCCAUAACCUACCACUUAAACUUGUUAAGUAUCUUAUUUGACUACUCCAACUAAUGUUCCCAAGACAGAAUGAGUCAAAAAUAUCGACUGGAAUUAUAAUAUUUUUUAUCGGGACUUUAAUUGUUAUCGCCAGAAUGGCAAAUCUUAUCAUGAUGAAUUUUUUAAGCCUAUAUCACCCAUCCCUACUGGAGUAUUUCUAUCGCUAGAUAUUAUGCAAAGCUAAAUGGCACUUGGCUCAAACAGGCAUGAAAGUGGCCAUCUCGAUGGUGUUGCCUGUUAUAUUCCAGGGAGGCUGGAACCGAACGUUAGCACAGCCAUGUAAUGGUCCGUCCCUUGUGUGCUCAGAGCUACUCCAGAACCUGCACUUUUGAAAAUGAGUUAACCGGACUCGAAGUUCUUAAAGCGGCGCGAUCAUCUGAUCGCUCAUGAUUCGUAGCCUUUGGGAAUAAUUCCAAAUGAAGAAUUAAGUCAGUGUUAUUUCACCGAAGAUCUGAAGCAGACACUAUGGAAAUACAGCCGCGGUUCUGUUUGAAAUUGCUCAGCUAUAUCUUGUGACAGAUAAAGUGUAGAAGGCUUUGCGAUGUUCACUCUUCCAUUAUCGAAUGUGGGUCAUGAGUGCCAGAGGCGGCCAUUUCAGCGGGCCACUGUACGUGUGAAGAGUCAAUUCCCCGAGGGAGGCUGGUGUGUCAUUAGACUUUCCUGCUUAGUUCAGCCAUUAUACGGCUCCGUUGCAAUUCAUGUCACCAACUCCUGACCCCUCCGGUGUGUGACCUCAGACAAGGUGAAACAGGAGUCACAGCGGAGCGACCCUUAGAUGAUGGAUGGCGUUAUCGUGUGACACGCGAUGGCCGCCGUUCUUCUCCCGCUGGCCUCGGGUUACUGUCAUUCUCCAUGAAAAUCAAAUCACACAUGAAUAAUCAAUGUGUUUGUUUUAGAUUUCGGAUGAAUUACCGCCGAGUUGGGCUUGUGUUUGUCAAGUGCACGUGUGCUUGGUGGUGUCAGUGUUGUUUUUGCAUCUUCACAGGGUUUAUAUUUAUUCUCACGUUUUAUUUUUACAUUGGAGCAUCUGCAAGCCUUUUGAGUGUGUCUACUGUGUGUGUAUGUGUGUGUGGGAACAUGUGCAACUGAGCAAAGACAAUUUUGAAGAGGGAUAUUAGAGAUGGAUGGAUUACCGAAAAUCUUCUAAAGAGGGACAAUCCAUCAUGCACGCUUAUUAGGCACACACCCUGAUUCUCAAAUAGGGUUUUCUCUAUCAUAUCUGCUGUCACUGAGAUACCAUCCCGUCAUUCAGCUCAGGUUUUUCUCCCCGAACUCCUUUUCUCUCCCCUCUCUUUUCUCCUCCUCCUUGCCUGCCCAUGACUUUGCACAAACUGCGAGCCAUUCAGGUUGCCUUGGUAAUGUUAAUAGGAUUAGCAAUGGCUUAUGCAUAUCCACCAUCCCGUGUCUGGGCAUUGAUUAGAGCAAAACAGUCGCCUGCACAUCCUUCCUGCAGCACGCCGCACAAGUACAAACACUCUGCAGCGUAUGAUGUGGUCUUCAGCCUCGGACCCCCUCGGUGCCGCUUCUUUUAAUGUGUCAAAUUGUCCCUAGGCUUGUGCUUCACAGACAAGAAGAUUAAAGUUUCCCCUCAUGUCCCCUCAACUCUUCCUGCUGCAGUCUAACUUUAAAAUCUUCUACACUCACUUGAACUCUUUUUUUUUUUUUUUUUAUCGCUGUAGCAUUCAGGAUGUGUUUAACUUUUAGUUUUUCAAACAGUCACACACAGUCCGGGAUCUCUUCUCGCUCUUCUAACUCCCAUCUGCCCCCGUGUCUUCCCCAGGAUUACGACCUCAGCCAGCUUCAGCAGCCGGACACGAUAGAGCACGACGCCAUCAAGCCGGUGGGAAUCCGUCGUCUAGACGAGAGGCCCCUCCACCCUGAGCCGCAGUACCCCAUGAGGUCAGCAGCACCCCACCCUGGAGACAUCGGAGACUUUAUCAAUGAGGUAAACACAUGAAAGAGUUGAUAUUAUGUCGUGUGAAAGACGAAGGAUGUUAAAGGCUGAUUUUUCUUUAAUCUUAAUAAACAAAUUUCUCCUUCAGACUCAUUAGAAGGAAGGCCUUUAAAGGGGGAGGAGAAGUACAACUUAAAAUUAAAUCAGUUAAUUUUAAUAGUUACCCUCCUCAUCCCAGCAGAGAGAAGAAACUUUCCUCAUUUAACUGACAUCCACUCAAACAUGCAUGAGGCCGAUGAGGUCCAUGAUGCGAGCUCCCUGAAAUAUAAUUGUUUUUCUCCUCACUUUUCUACCAAAGCGGAGUUACAGAUGUGUCAGCGUAGAAAUAGGAGAUGAGAGCAGCAAUGCAUUGGCUUUCUAUGGGAGAGCAGUGUUCAGAGUGGCCUCGUUUGCCUGAGGCCAUCAUUGACUCCAGCAUGAAGGGAGAAUGUAAAAUGAAAAGAGCAGUCAUGUAUUUUUCACGAGUUCCAACAGACAAGAGUUUCACAGCAUUACAAAUGGAGUUCUCUUCGAGGUUUUGGACGGCGCCCAUGUUUUUAGAUUAGACCUUGCUCUCUCAGGCUGACUCCCUUCAACCAUCGUUCUCUCAGAUCCCUCCACGCACAGGCGCCGCUCGUUUUCGCCCUCGCCGCGUGUGUCAUUAAUACACCUCGUACGACUUGUCGUAACAGCUGAUACUGAGCGAAAUCUAAUAUUUUUCCGCGCCGCUCAAUAAAGAACGUUUCACAGCGCGCACCGUCUUUCAUCACGCUUAUUUUAAAAAACUCUCACAAGAGCGAAGAGACGUUUCAAGUCUGAGCACCCUGACCCAGAAAACGCUCGCUGCAAACCAGGAAAAAAGUUGAUCUGUUUUUAGUCCCAGAUUUGACUGUCGCUAAAGCUCAGUCAUGGUAGCUCCAGCGCUCACACGGCUGGAAUCUGACCUUACUGAUAAGGGAUGGCUGCCAGGGGAGCAGGAGGGGGGUGGAUGAGAGAGGAGUGGGGGAGGGGCGGAGAAGAAGGGGGUCUGAUCUCCAUCCUGUAAUGUACAAACGCCAAAGGAGCUUGCGGCUAAUUAAAUUAAAUGGGGAAAUAAAUUAGGCGUAGGUUUAGCAUAAGCACUUUAACCCCACAAGGGGACAAACAAAGGUCUCCUGGUCUGGUCCCACAGAGGGGGCUUACAUUAAAUACACUUGGCUGACCUGUGUUGGUCACAGGUGGACCAAGUGUCACAAAGCCGAGGUGAUUGUCCUUGUUUCAUCUCUGACGGGAAACCCAGAGGGUUUUGUUACACAUCUCUUUUUGUUAUCAGCGGGACAGACCGGCUCCAAAAUCGGACGACAUGAACACUGAUUGUCUGUCUGCAGCACAGCGGAUGACUCAGUUGUAAUGAAAUAAUGAGUUCUGUGAUAGAGGAACCUCAUGAAAGUGUCGGUGGAGUUUUUGGUCGUGGAUGUAGGGGGCUAUAACCAGCGGAGCGCUUAUGGUUGUAAUUGUAAUGAAUGAUCCAUCUGUCAUAUUUCCCACCAAAUUAUCAGCGCUGCAGCCCUGAGCAAAUACUUAACAGAAGCUAACAAGUGGAAAAUAAUCGCUAAGUGCCCGGGCACUUUAAUUCAAUCCAUCUUUUUAUUUGAGAGCAUUUCAGCGCUAUAAUGGCAGCGCAGAGGAAACUAUAAAUCUUCCACAUCUUCCCAACGAGCUGGGGUCUCAUUUCGCGGCGUUAUGUUGCUCCACUUCCGUUAAUUCAUUUAUUAUUUGUUGGGGAUCCUCAGUGGCAGCGGCGGCGAGAGGGAGAAAACCAGGCUCAUAUCCAAUAGGGGGGUUCAUGGCCGAGGCACAUCUCCACUCCUAGACUAGCAAUCCAUCAAAUCUCCAGAGUCCCGUUAGGGAAUGGGGCUAGAAAUCAAUAACAAUCCAUGAGGACCUCUCAUGAUGCCAUGAGGAUUUCGAGGAAUGUCGAGCACAAUCUUCAGAACAGAACCACCCCCAUCGGCGCCACGAGCCAGGAGAUAACACAAAGACACGCAUGCGUGCUCGACACGCUCAUACCGGUCCUAUUUCUGCCUCAGCUGGGCUCAGUUCUCACUGUCAAAGAAGAAGACGUGAUGAGUUGGUGAUAUUGUCAUCAAAAUGAUAAAGUAUCAGCCUAGAGUUGUACUUCUGUCUGUGGGCCUCUGAUUAGAAAGUAGGGCUUGAAAAAGGGUCAGAACAAGAAAGGCAGAUGAUUUCAGUCUGGUGAGCCUGCUGGUCAUACUUUAUCUCAGCUUUUGAUCAAGCAGUGGAUGAUCUAAAACACAGAGGAAACUCGAAGAACACAGAGUCUCAUUAAUCUUAUUUCCUGAACAAUUGGAGGACCAAGUACUGACAGGUUUAAAGAAGAUUAGCCUGUUGGUGUGCAGCAGUGUUGGGGGCUGUGUUAAUGUGUCUCCCCUCUUAUUGGAGACAGUGUCGGUGUGCAGACGUGCUUUAAUCUCCUCAUCUCACCAUGGCUUUAUUCCUCUCUGUUCAGGGGCUGAAGGCAGCAGACAACGACCCCACCGCUCCCCCCUACGACUCCCUGCUAGUGUUCGACUACGAGGGCAGCGGCUCCACAGCCGGCUCCCUAAGCUCCCUCAACUCCUCCAGCAGCGGGGGCGACCAGGACUACGAUUACCUCAACGACUGGGGCCCUCGCUUUAGAAAACUGGCAGACAUGUACGGCGGAAGCGAUGACUAGGACACACAGCCACUCCCCAAGGAUGAAAAGACGAAGGAGGGAAGAAAAAAAAAAAAAAGAUGAGAGGGAAAGAUUUCUUGUUGAUGGACACGGACAGCUUCUGAUAUUCCCUGAGAGAGUGACAGAACUGUGACAGAGAGGAAACAAAAAACAAACAUUGAUUCAGAAAUAUUUUCAAAAACAAACCAACCUAGGCUUAUUGUUGUAGUCUACGCAUACAUAUGCUUGUUGAAAGCUUAGGCAUAGGCUGUGGUCCAGUUUUGGAGGCUGUGGGAGGGCACACUGGUGGACUGUCACCACUUGGAUUGUUGGUAUUGAAUGCGCUCAGUUACACUUGAAUUUCACAGUACAGAAGCACUGGGAUAUAAUGUGCCUUUUUGUACAUUUUUUUGGAUCUAAAUGAUUAGUUUUAUGUUCAAGGCUUUAAUGGUACUGACUUUUGGAGUGAUUUCAAACAAAGUAUGUUACACUCUGGUAUGCUUCUACAUGCUUUUUUUUUUUCUUUGGUUCCACAAUGCUCCUGUUUGUUGAAGAUUAUUUAAAUACAAAGACGAAGAAAUGAAGGAUCACCUGUUAGCUUUGGAUGGAAAGAAAAACAAUGAAGAGCAGCACUGUACAGUACGCUAGACUUCUAGACUUUUUCACUAAAAAAUUUCAAUUAUGCAGCUGGUUGCAAUUAAAGGGAGUUGGGAAUCAUACUUUUGUAGCAGAUUAUUUUUCUUUUUUUUUCUGAAGUGAUGUAGUAUUUUACAAAAACAACAAAAAAACUGUUAUGGUCUAAUCUAUGUACACUUCAUUUGCCUUAGUCAUCAUCUGAUAUUUUCAAGUUUUACUUCACUGUAAAAAGAUGUGUGUACAUAAUGUUUUUUUUUUCUUUAUCUUUUUUUUUUCUUUUUGAUGUAGUAUAUGAAAAAGUGCAAAAAGUUCCAAACUUGUAAAUGUAUAAUUUGGACUACAAAUUCAAGUUUUUUGCAUGUUUUUAUCUUUUCAUGACAACAAAAAUGAAAAAUGUUGUUUCCCAAAUUUAUUUACAAAGUGAAAAAAAAAAUAAAAAUCUGGGUGACAUUAAAUGUGUAGAAGUAAAGAGAGUUUUUUUGUAUAAAAACCUAAAAAAAAACACCUAUAAAAACUGAAAAGUAGUGAUCUGUCAGCACAACUGUUGAAUUUGUACCAAAAAGGGGGGGUGGAGGGUGGGUGGGGGUGCAGCAGGGGGGGGGCUUGGAUGACAUGCUAGGCACUAAUUACUGGAUCAGCUUUAAGACUGGAAAAGGUUUUGGAUUUAAGCCUUGUGGACAACCAUGUGUACUGGAAACAAAUUAUCCAUCUCUGACCCCAACCAUCCAAAUAAAAUGCUAAUUUUGGAGCUAAAA